GCAUGCGGAAAGGUAAAUAAUGAAAAGAUGGCGGAAGUAACACCCUACAGAGAAAAUACUUGGAAAAAACUGAAUGGUGCUGUACAAGAUGCUGAAACUUUACGACAAGAAGCCGUUGAAGCUCACCACGAACAUCUAAUAACAGAAAUAGAAACAUCAGAAGGGCCUCUUGCAACCACUUUAAGGUUGUUGUUUUUUCCGAAAACAAGCCUAAAUUAUUAUUUAAUUUAUAGUCAGUUAAGUUAGUUUAAGUUAGGGCUAAAAUUAAGGACGGAUGCCACAGCGUCUUUAGUGUGUUUAUUAUAGUUGCAGUGAAUUAGGGUUUAGGUUAGGUUGAGUGAUUGAUUUAGGGUUUAGGUUAGGCAUAGGGAUCGAUUUCGGGAUACAUUCGUGAAAUUUGAUAAAAUAGUGGCAGUUGUCCUUAGUUAGUUUUUUAAAUUAUUUUUAAUUGGUUGAUUAUUUAUAAUUUUAAAUCAUCAUUGGUUGGUUAAUUAUCAUAUUUUAUUUUCGCCACCAUCUUUUCAACACGCUAGCCUAAUGCCGGAUGUUGCGCUCUAUUCAUUUGUGGCCCAUUUGUGCAUAUUAUUUUCUUUGGAACCUGUAAUAAAGUGUGUAAAAGUGUAUUUCAUGAAACUGUAAGUUGGGUUUUAAUCCCUAACUCUAACCCCAAAUUUAUCUUAAAAAGAACCAAAUUGUACAUGAAAAAAUAAUGAAUUUCCACUUACCGCCGGACACCCAGAGAGCACAUCAAAGAAGACGACAAGUGACGUAACGUUUAAGCACUCCUUUCUACAUACGCAUAUUUUUAAAGUACACUACAACAAAACUUAUUUGUCUAUUUUCAUUAAAACAUGAAAUUUAACUUUUAAAAACAUAAAAUGUAAAUUUUAUUUUAAUCUUCGUUAAUUAUUCACAUGAAAUAUUGUUCCAACGGAUUGUUAAAAUAUUCCUUCGCUGCACAAAUAUUUAAUAAAACGCAAAUGAGGUCAUGGGUAAGCCGACACUUCAUCCAAUGAAUAUAAACAAUAAAAUAAACAAAGGGGAAAGACUCCUGCACAAUAUUGAAUAAACACGCAAAUGCCGCCAUGGGCACUGUUCUCAACAAUAGCCAGGUACAGUACUGCGAUAAAAAAUUAGGUAAAUGUUGAGAAAUCUAGGAAAAUGAACAAAAAAUGGCCAAAAAUAAUUAUGGGUAAUCUUAGUUACGACUGCCACGACUUAUUUUCCAGGGAGUGACUUCCCUUUUUUUAAUUUUACUAAAUUAUUUUAGGGAUCGAUUUAGGGUUCAGGCUAGACAUAGGGAUAGAUGACUUCACGUGACGUGUUAACCAAGAUGACGGCCAUUGAGAAAAUAGCGGCAAUCGUAGUCAAAAUUUACCAUAAUUAUAAAUAAAGAAAUAAAGAAAACCCUACUUACAAUUUCAUUGAAAACACUUGUUCACACUUUAUUUCAGGUUCCACGAAAAGAAUAUCCAGAAAAUGAAUUAGGUAUUUUAAAAGACGCACGCGCAUCCCUUCCGCGCAGUCAAAAUAUCACGGUAAAACUUUUGUAGCCAUUUCACAAUCGGCUCUGUGGUGUACUCGGAUUUUUUGCGUUCUACGUCACAGUUUUCUAAUUAAACAUUUGUUAUCGAUUAAAUUAAAUAUUUUUCUUACAGCGACGCUCAUGCAAUUUACCCAACGAGGGGAACCCCCGUUUUUUUUUUGUGUCACUUUUUGACUAUUGGUAAGUUGAAAGUGUCAUACAUGAGUUAAACCCAAAAGCUCAUGUUUAUCAUCUAAUUUUGAUUACUAAUAACUUUAAAAUAGUCAAUUUAACCUGUUCCAAAGAAUGUUAUCGCUCUCCACAUGUAAAAUCAACACCCCAUAACUGGAAAGAAAAAAAAAUUGCCGUUUUUUUUGUCUUCACCGGGGCGAUGGAAGGGCUUAAAUAACAUUCAAUAAUAGUUUAAUACUUUUGUAAUCUUUAAACAUCUGAAUAAAUCUGAGCUAAUUAGUAAAAGUCAGUUUUAAAAAUCAUAGAAAUGGAUAAGAUGAUACAAAUAAAUUUAAAUUAUGAAUAUUAAAUUUAUGGGAAAUUGCUUUUUAAUUAAAAUAAUAAAAAUCCAAGAACUACCGCCACCGGCAUUAGUAGUUAAGCUUAGGCUUAAUAUUAAUACUAUUGAACUAAUACUAUUCUAUUACAAAAAAUGCAAUUAAAACCUAAAUAGAAAUAGUAUUUUAAAAUUAAAUAAGGCAUUUAAUCAUAAAAUUUAAAAUAUUGUUAAUUUCUGGUAAUGACAUGACAUAGAAUUAGAAAAAAAUGGUUAAUAAAAUAAAAAAGAAUCUAUUUUUUUAAAAUAAUAAUAAACACAUAAUCAUAAUUUGACUAAUAAUUUAUAUUAAAAAGAAAUUGUGUAUAUUCAGAAUAUUCAGGAUUAUGAUUGAAAUUAUUAAGAUGUUUUUCUAGGCUUUUGCAGAUACAAGAGAAAAUUUUCUAUCGCAGAACUCGGUGGAAUUCCUUCAUCAACGAACAAGGAGGCACUUUUGAAUGUAGAUUUUAAAAAAAUGGUUUUGACAUAUUUUUAUAUAUAAUUACAUUACAUGCAGAAAGAAAAAGAAAAACUGCUUACCUUUUUAUAAGUAUAAGAAUUUAUUUAAAAUUUUACAAAAGCAUAUAAUUAGUUCAAAUCCAAUUAACAAGUUAUUUUUUUUUCCUUGUUACUAUCAGUAAUGAUUUUUCCAACUUUUCUGUUCACAUUUUUCUUAACAUACUGGUACCCUUAAAUAAAAUUUUUCAAAAUAGAAAGUACUGAUGUUAUUUAAAAGUUGUUUUGUUCAUUGUGUUGUAUAUUGCAUUAAGAAUGUCUCCUGAAAAUUUGGUAGCAUUAUCUUUUAAAAUAUAAAAGUUUUGGGCAAAAUAAAGCAGAUAUUUGGAAAGUGGGUCACAAGUUUUCACAGUUAAAUACAAAGAUAAAUAAGGGGGUAUAACAAAUUCAAAAAGAAAAUCAUAACUUCGUUUCUAUAAAAGCUAGAAAGAUGAAAUUGGCCUUUUUGCAAAUGAUGUAUCAUUUAUGGCAGUGUGACAAUACUGAAAAUUUCUGUCAAAGUACCUAAAUUAAUAAAACACCAUGCCGUCAUGUAAUUAUGCAUUUUCAAAGAUGGAGGAACACCUAAAAAUAUUAUAAUUAGCCAACCAAUGAAAUUUUAAAAUUAUAAUUAAUCAACCAAUAAAAAUGUAAUUAAAACAUGUCAUCGUCAUAUUAAUGAAAAUGUAACUAUUAACAAAAAAAUAAGGCGAGUGAAUCCAAAAUAGAAACUUAAAAAAACACGUAAAUGACGUCACAAUGCCAUCUCUUAGCAUUGGCCAUAUUUUUUUACAGCUUUUAUUUUCAGAAUUAGUACUAUAGUGGAACCCCGGUAUAACGCGAUGAUCGGGGUCCUUAAAAGCCGUGUUGCGUUAAUGCACUGAUUACUUUCGUUCUUAGCACAGCGGAAAUCCCUUUCGUAUUACUAUUUAUAGUUCUACCGGAAGAAAGUCUCGUUUUCGGCAUUAAUUUUGAUACAGUACUAGUUUGAAUGUGGUGUGUUUAGGGGCUUAUUUUCUACGAUAUUUUGAAAAUUUUUUUUUUUCGCUUUAAAAAAUGGCUUUCCAAACAAUGGAUAAAAUUUUCAAAGAACUAUUACUGAUGGAGUAAAUAAAUUUCAAAUUUUGGGAGCCAUGCUACGACCACGUCAUAUCCGAAUUCUCGUUAUGGCUGGGCGCGUUAUAGCGGGGUUCCACUGUAUAUUAAAAAGUAAUUUAAAUAGUAAAUUGUAACUUAUCUAACUAAGCACUAUGUAAAUGUAGGUAUAUCACUAAGGGCGCACACCGAUUGAUUUUUCGGAUGUCGGAAACAGACCAUAAACCAAUCAAAGGUCGAUGCCUGUAGGUCACGGGGUCAUAUUGAGAUCUAGUUUCCUUUAUCUACGUAAGGGAGAGACAAUGAAGGUUUUCUAGCCUGUUUUUUGCACACGUGGAGGACGAGUAUAACAACAUAAACUUUUUCAACUGACUUAUAGCGCUAGUAGCAGAUAUCUUUCGUUGAGAAAACAGGUAAGUUUGCUAGUCCUAUAAUAUGGAAACCAUAAUAGUUUUCCAAUUAAUUCUUUUUCUUUCCAGUGUAAGAAACACGUAACUAAUUGAAACAAUCAACAUCUUGAAAUUAAGAUAGAACUUAAAUUGUCUAGACAAGGUAUAAUUUAGCAUUAUUCUUAACCUGUUAUCAAUUAAGCAAAGCCAUUCUUUGUUAUUCUACUUUAUUAUUACAUAAUAAGUUUUUAAAAUCUUUAUUUAUCCAUAGUUUUUUAAAGUCAUCUAGUUCAUUUAUAUUUCUUAAUUUGCUUUAAUUUUAUGACUGAAAACAAAUUUAAACAUAUUCUAUGAAAUUUAGUUAUUUUUUUUUAAUAAUAAAAUUUAUAUUCAUGAAAACCAUGACAAAACUAAAUCAACUUUAGUCAUUUAAAUCUAUGUUUCAAUUGUAAUAAUUAUCAAACUAUCCAACUGUAAAUUAUAUUUUUGGUAAUGGAUAAUAAUGUCUUUAAGGAUGUUGAUAUAAUUUAUCUUAAACUCAUUUUUUAUAACCAGUGAUUUGUACGCUCAGCAGCUACUGAACAUCAUUGUCAAUUUUUACUAAGUUACAUAAUUUUAUUUAUAUUUAUCUUCUAAAUAACCUGUCUACCCUUUUAAUAUUCUUUUUGUAUACCCUUUCUUGCCCUUUUAAGCUUUACAGCUUUAGUUCUAAGCUAUUAUAUUUGACUUUUCAGGCUUAGUCCGGUCUUUAAUUCUGGUCAUUGAAUAACUUUAUUUUUAAAAUAACAGCUGAGCCUGUAGUUUGUAUACAAAUAUUGAUGUUAACAUUUCUUAAAGGUCUCAGCAUUUUCUUUCUUUCAAAAAUACAGCCUUGUCACCACCCCUUUUUGGAGGCACUAUGAAGAUUUUUGCUUCUAGAGCGACCGCUACCUACGAUUCACACCUGUCUAUUUCAUUUGGACGAGCUAUAAUGAGGACUCAAAACUACAAGACCUUUUUAUGUAAGUAAAUUUAUAUCCGAUGAAUAAUGUUCCCUAUUUAAUAAAUACUUGGCUUACUCUGAAUAAAAAUAAUGUUAGAACAUCACAAUAUUAUAUCUAUACUGGAAAGACAGGAUAAAUAAAACCAAUUGUCUUAAUUAAUAAAUAAUUUAAUUACAAAACUAUUGUACGGAAAUACACAAUCUUUACUUAAAUUAAAUAUAUAUAAAAUUCAAAUAUAGAAGCUACCUUUUGUUACUUAUGCAGAUCUGUUAACUCUUACGAUUUUGGCAUACAAUUACAAUGUACGAUUUUGAGGUGUAUACAUUAUAUAUACUUUAUGUUUAUUAUUUUUACUAUUAAGAUAAUAUAUUGAACCAUUUUGUCAUGAUAUUGUAUGAUUUGAAUAGUUUUAGGGUGAACAGGUCUGCUUAUGUUACAAUGCUUAUUUUGUUUUUAAUUAAAAUGAAUUUCUAUCUCUAUUUCAGUUUGUCUGGACUACGAGACCCACAUAUAAUUACAAGGAGUUUGAGUAGCGAUGAAGUGGAAGAUAAUGCUUCUCCUGCUAGAGGUACUGACCGCCCAGCUGUGCCAAGUGUUUCUUCAGCAAAACUUUUCUUGAUACUUUUCUGGAAUAUGGUCUCUACUGCCAAAAUUUGUCUGCGUGAACAAUUUAACUUUUUGUACUGGUCUUUCCAGUUUUAUUGAAAACCUAUCAGGUGUGACUGAAUGUCUAACUGAACGAUCCACCACAAUAUUGACCAUCAGAGCAUAACCUUAACAGCUAUUGAUAUAUUUCAUCAUCAACUGCAUUUAUUUGGCAAUUUAUACACUCGGGACUCCUAUUUAUCAUCAUGAUGGGUCGAAUCAACAAUAUUGACACAAAGUAAACCAUUUUUGGAAUGGUAUUCCAAUGGUAUCUAUACUCAGGACUCCAUUCAUCUAUGUCAUAAACUGAACCAUUACCAAUGGUAUCUUUAACCGUUACAAACUUGAUCAAGAUUGCCAAGGACUCGGCCACUAUAUUACUUUUGACCAUCAUCUUUCUAUGAAAGAAAACAUAUCUCUUUUAUACAGCCGUUCAGUGAACUAUAAAAGUACUAAUGUUAAGUGAUCAUCAUUUGUACUGUGGAUAUCUAAUAGCAUGGCUACUUGGAUUAUCAAUUUCAUGGGUUGGAUAAUGGAUGAUUGGAUAUAACAUUUGUGAUUAGCAUUUUUCAAUGCAACUUAUCCAUUAUUAUCCAUUAUUUUAUAAUCUUUUCUGUGGAAUUAUUCACAGUAGUAAUAAUUCACUAGAUGAUUGUAUGCAUAAACUCAAUAAUUGAAUUGGUAAUAUUUAUGCAAUUUGUAUUUUUAAUGCACAAAAAGGCUACAUUUUAAAAUUAAAUUUACUCACUCUCUGUUGCUCAAAUACCACUGAUUUAAUUCAUUUAUUGAUGUAUUAAUAUUAAAAUGGCUUAUUAUUACAGCCCAAUACCUAAUUAAACUAGACUGAAAAUUUGAAGGACUUUACACGUAAAAAAGUUAGGGCAUUUUGAGUAUUGAGAACAGGCGCUACAUUUUUAAUUAAAUUAUUCUCUGUUCAAAUCCCAUGUAUUAAUAUAUUUAUUGUAGUACAGUUGAACCCGCUUAUUUCGACCUCGGUUAACUCGCCAGUUAUCUCGAUCCCCAUGACCAAUCGCUGGCUUUUGAACUUAAGAAUAAAUAGCUAACAACAAAAAAACAAGUUUUUCAUAAUUAAAAAUAAUUAUUUAUUUAUCAAAUUUCUAGUGUUUUAGAAUGAACCUAGAAGUAAUUUAAAUAAAUAUGUUUUAAUUCAAGGAUUUAAAACCCUGUAGAGUUCAUAUUAUAAAUGAUCAUAAUUUGCAAUGUGCAAAACGCUUUCAUGGGGAGCCAUUCACGGUCACUUGCAUAAUGGCUAUGCGGUGUUAUUUCUUAAGAGUUUCAGUCUUAAGAGUUUGCCAUGUGCAAAAUCUAUUAAACCAUUGGUCAAGUAAAGCUUUAAUGAAAUAGUCAUGUGCCAAAGUUGAAAGUUCGAAAUAAGUAGUCCUUAAAUACUAUUUUAGUAAUAAGGGGAUUCGUUGCCUUUUAUAAACUAUAUAGUCAUUGCGCUAGACACGAUCAGCAGAAUGAGGUCACAAAAUGUGAAGGCUUUGUCCAUAGUAGAAAUUACCAAACGAACUCGCACUUUAAAAACUCGUAGCUCAAAAAGUACUCAAGUUAAAAAGUUGAUUCUGGUUUCAUUUUUGGAAUUUUCUCUAAAUAACUGUAAUAUUUACAAAAUUAUUAUUAUUUUUUUUUUACUGAAGUACUCACAUUUAUUAAUGCACAUCAUGUACAUAAAGAAAUUUCAAGCACUUGUUAAUAUAUUGCCGCCAUAUUGGUUUUCGGCUAUCUCGAUCAUCUGUUAUCUCAACACUUUUUGGCAAACCCCAAGGCCCUCGACAUAAUCAGGUUCUACUGCAUUUGCAUAACGAUUUAUUAUUAAAACCCAAUAUUUAAUUGCAAUGCGCUGCAAAUUUCAGAGUUUUAACUUUGUUGACUCAAAAGUUAUCGCAUUUGAGUGUCAAAGAUGUCUUUUAUUCGAUCACAGAAUUUUGGAAAUUAUUUACCAAGGCUAAGUAAAGAAAAAUUCUGACACUAAAAAUGUGAUAACUUUUUUUCUAAUUAAGAUAGAAAAAUAAAAUUGGUAUCAAUGGAAAGAAAAUACUGAGUCCUUACUAAUGAUAUCAGUUUCAUUAAUGUAUAACAACUUUGACUAUGGAUAUCAAAGUAAAUUUAGGAUAGGCCUAAUUCUAAUAAAAUAUAGUAAUACUAACAUAUUAAUAUAUGGCUUUUCUGUUUACCAAGUCUAGGCACUUCUGUAUUGCCCGGAAAUACCUGAAAAACAGGUAUCGUAAUUUCAAUGUCUAAAUGGCGACUUCCACUUUUUAAUUUACUGAGGAUAUCAUUGGUUUGCCUUUUAUAAUAAAUUCUACAUCCGCCAAUUAAUUAAAGCCGACAUCUUGCUUGUUCUAUUAAGAAUUCAUUUCAUUUUUUUUUUUGAGGUUAAAAGUUAAAACUUUGAAAAUUGAAGUUGAAAAUAGGUAAACUUUGCUGAUCAAUAACUUUUUUUUAUAAAAAGCGCUGAUUUAGUUUAUAAAGUCAUUUAUAACAUAUCCAAAAUUCAUGAGUGUAGACCAUGGGCAUGCUUCAAAAACAAAAGUCUAAGAAGUCACUUUUUUUUGGCUAUAUAAUUUGUCAUCAUGGCCACUGUACGUGACUGCACAUCAACAAUUAUCAAUAGCGGUCAUGGGGUACUUAAUAAUUUAUUAAAUUGGUUAUCCAGAAUAUAAAUGGGAAAUAUGACUGUUAUGCAGAAGCGUGUUUAUGUCAUCUUUCCCCGUGAAUGAACUCCAGCUGACCCCAAGCUGGGAACCGCAAUUUAGGGUGUGGCUAAAUAAAAGUCUCUUUGACCUUGUUUACAGCUAAAUAAAAUGGCCUGUAUUAUUAGAAUUCUGUAGAAAAGUCUAGACAAAUCAGGAAAGGAAAACAAUGUGUAAGCCCUUUCUAGAAAUAUCAUGAAAACAGACCAUAAAAGGAAGAGAGAGUUAUUUUGGGAAAGCACUACUACGAUAGAGAUGUGUAUGUAAGAUUCCUUUUUCAUCAUUGUACCUUUUACAACAUUGUAUCUUCUUCAACAUUGUACCGGUACAAGCCAAUCAUAUACUGUAAGUUAAUUUAUUUUCUUUUUGACUUUUUAAUUCAUUAUUAACUUAAUAAAAUUUAUUAAUUGUGACUAGCCUUAGUUUAGGUAUCGUUUUUCUUUAUUAUUGUAUGUAUCAUCUUUUGUUGUGUACUGUUUUAGAACGAGCCAUAUAUCUAAAUAAGAGAUUAAUUUCUCCGUACUGACAACAGAGCAUAAAUCAUUGUAUAUAACUAAAAAAUGUUUUAUAACAUAAAUAAUAAUUAUUGGCUUAUGAAAUAUCAUUGGUUUUAAUUUUGGGGUUGAUUGCCAUGGACAUGGCUGACAUGGGAUGAAUAAGCACUUGUCUUUGACUUAGUCUGAGACUAAGAUAGGCUUAGUAAAAAUAUUAUGAUAGUAAUUAUACUAUUAUAAAUGAUUUAUGGAGUGGGAUAAAUAGCUUUUAUUACAACUAAUUUAUUUAUAUUAUUUUAUAUACAGGUAUAUUUAAAUAUAUAAAUAUAAUGAAUAUAGGCCUAGUAUAGACAUAGUAUAAUACAUAGUAUACUAAAUUAUAGUAUAGGUCGAGACCCAACCUGACUUAUUAUUUGUAGGGCCUAUUAUGACUAUUAUAAUAAAUUAUAUGUAAUUAUAUUUUAGGCUAUGUAAUUAUGUUUUAAUGAAUAUCAAUAUUAUGAUUCUUAAGACAUAGGCUAAGUAGAAAUUUGAAAAAUAUUCACUUACCUUUGGUUUUGAAAUAUCCAAUAUUUAAUCACAUAUCACAAUAUUCCACAAGAGAAUUAUUAUAUAAUCCUUAGUAUUGUCAAAGAAAAAAACCCACUUUCAAUCAUAAAAGCUUGUGCUCACCUCAAGCAAAUGACUAGAAAUUAUAUUAAUUUCUAUCAACCACCAAAGUUGGUUCUAACAAUACAUGUUGAUUUUUAAAACAAGAUUUAGAACUUAAAAUAAAUGACAAACUAAUUGUUUUUUCAUAGUAAUUUAGGAAUAAAAUACAUAUGUAGAAAAUGAUAAAAUAAAAAGUAUAAUCGCACAUUUUAACAAAAUGAAUCAAACAAUCCCUGUAUUGUUUAUACUUAUAAAUGUUAAAUAAUUCCACAGAAAAUUUAAAAUUAAUAUCUUAAGAAUAUUAUUAUUAUUUUGUGGAAAUUUCAUAACAUAUAUUUAAAAAAAAGUUAAUUAAUUAAAAACAAAUUAGUUUUGAGUUAGCAUAUUUUAUACAUUUUUUAUAAUGAAAAUUAUAGACAUUAAAGAAUUUUUUUGGGGAAUAUUAACAAUAACUAAAUGUAAAAUGUGUAGUUUUAUUUAGUAAAACUCAAAUCUAACUACAUUCCCUGUAAAUAUUAUAUGUUUAUCUCAUUUUAUAAUAAAGUUAUAGGCGUAAAAGCAAAAGCCAAAUAAGGGUCACACUUGUGGAGGAAAACUCCAUAGUAAAAAAAAAAGUGGUUUUGAGGUCCUUACUAAAAAAAUUCAUAACUUUUGAACCACUUGAGCUAGAAAGUUGAUCUUUGUGUUUCUGUAAUCUUGACUUUAUACAACUGUAGUAUUUUUAUAUUUUUAAAAAUGUUUUGAAACUUUCAUUACAGUACCUACCAAGUCUACGGUGUCCAUUAUACUGUUAUGUACUUUAUAAUCUAUUAUCUUAAUAAUGUUAUGUACAGAAAUAUGCAAGUGACUGAAUGGUUGCCCAUAACAAUGUUUUGAACACAGCAAAUUAUGGGACAAGUUUUAUAUAGUUUGAUUAGACUGUAAAUCAUGGUUUUUGGCUAGGCCCAGCUUGAAUAUUAAUUAAAAAGCGUAGCCCUAAAAUGUUAGUUAUUAUGCUUGUGUUUUUUUAUAGGAGAACAUUUACAAUUUUUUUUUUUAUAGGGCCCUUAAUUUUGAUGGCAGCUAAAAAGGAAGUAGAAGUUUUUUCAGAAUGCAAUCCCAGGCAACGACGAGUGUAUUGGCUAGUACUUAGUAAUAUUGUUUGAAGGGGCAUAUUUAAAUGUAAAAAAUGGACUUAAAAAUAAUCCAUAAAUUGUGACGCUUGUCAACUGUGUACAAGUACAAGUUUAUUUGUCAUUGUGUAACGUACUGACCACUGGUCUGUAUUUUUUGGUCUAACUUUGAACUACCCAUGGCUUGUCACAGUUUGUGUUUGGUUUUCAAUUUUUAAAGCAAUGAAUGACUUCUCCUCAACAGAGCUGUGUACGAUGGGGAGGAUGUGGCAUAUUUCAUGGAAAAGCUUGAUUCACGGAUCAAAGCACACGACCAUGACAUCGAGCGUAUGUGUAAUUAUCAUUAUCAGGGCUUCAUUGACUCAAUUAGAGAGCUGCAGCAAGUCAGUGGUGAUGCAACAAAGCUCAAGGUAACUGUAUUAAUAGAAAAAGAAAUUAUGUUACUCAGAAUUUUUAAAAUAAAAUGAUUGCAUAAUCAUAAAUACAUUGGCUUAUUCCUGUUUAGAGGUAGUGAUUACACAGAUAUACCAGAUGCUGCCUCAUCUAAAGCAUUUCUGGAUACCUCUGAAAUAUGACCUCUCCUUUCUAAAUGUGUUUGAUUGAACGUCUUGGUGAAAGUACUACUGCUGCUAAUGUUGUAUGGGUUCUCCCUAUUUUAACAGAGAACUUUCAGUUGUGACCCAACAUCCAGCAAUGUAACUGGACCUUUGGAGGGAGGUUGACCCCCCCCCCCCCCCCGAGCAAAGUGUAAAACUAACCCAGCCCCACCACUCCCUUGAAUAGGUGUCUUCUAGCCCACAUCCUCCUUCUUUCAAUGCUCCCCCUGUGGUUGAUCCAGAAGUUGUAUCCUCAUAGCAUUUAACCAGUUGUGAUAUGGAAUGUAAUGCACUGCAAGGUCAGGUGGAUCAUAAAAGUCCUCACACUGCCACAGCUGACCCAGUACAUGACAAUCCUCUGUCUAGUACUAAAUGGCCUAAACCAGCAAUGAAAAAUAGAGUGCCAGAAUACAGUAGGGGGUGGAGAAUGGGCAAAUUGUGAAUCCUGCCUCUAGGACAUGAUGCAACACUAAGGACUUCCGUCUGGUAAAUGGCAAUCCCAGUGUUUAAUCGCUGCAUGGAGACAUGGGGGUAUGCAGCUUCUGGAUCUGGGUUUAAGAAAAGCAACAGACAAAACCAGUAAAACUAUGUUGAUGAAGACAAAAAGAUAUACAUUCGAGCUUGGGCAUUGCCUAGUCUAUCAAGGUAAACGUUGCUCAGCAGCGCACAGAGCCAGUUCAUAAAAAUUCGCUACUGACAAGCACAUUUAAAUAUCUUGCACAUAAACGUUUGCGGAUAUCAAAAAAAAAAAAAUUAGAGAUAGCCACCCUGAACAUGAAACAAGUGCAUAUAAUUAUAAUACUACUACAAAAAACUUAACACCAGAAUACAGACCCACACAUCACAGGGUAUACUCAUUGCACUUGCAAGUGCAAUGACUGUAAGGGCAUCAUCACCUACAUAAGAAAUGACAUCCAGGGGGAUGUUGAGGCAAUCUCCAGACAUCAGAUAACUGAUAUCCAAAAGCUGCUGUUUAGUAAACAGCUACUUUGACCACCUAAGAGCACACAAUACUCCAAGACCGUGAUUGGUGGUUAUUUUAAUUUGAACAUCCAAUCCCCACAAUGGGGAUACUAAAUUAUAACACUAGAAAGGCAAUUAAGGAACUGAAUAAAUGUACAAAUCUAUUCACUAUAUAGUACCAACAGUUGACACUCACUCUCCUCCAUAGAGCUCAUAACACAUGUAGCAGACCUGAUCUGACCCUUCUCUCUUCAGAUUACUGCAGGUGCUGGACAGCAUAGGUAGCAAUCACAGACCCAUUCUCAUGACACUAACAGCACCAAAUCUAAAGAAUUUUAAACAACAGGCUGGAUUUUCAAAAAGCAAACUGGGAUUUAUAUUAAGCAAGAAGCCAUGAAGUACUUAGUGGCAUCCUCCAAAACAACACCACAAGAAAAGUCUAGGAAAAAAAUAACCAAAGCCAUAUUAGAAGCUGCCUUCCUAAGUAUUUCAAGAGGUAGCAGAAGGAAAUAUAAACCUUUCUGGAACAAAACUAUAGAGCCAACUCACUACCCGGAACUUCAGAACUUACACCUAAACUGCCUAUGAAAAAUGGUUAACUAUACCAAAAUCCUAUAUACAAAUAUAAAACAACUGUAGAGAGUGAACAAGUUCUUCACCAUGGCCGCAAGCCAAAGGCGAAUGGCCAUUGGAUCUGAAUGAUGAUGAUGAAAGCUAACAAUUCUUAAAAAAACAAAAUUUUCAACUUCAACUAUAUAAUUUAAACUUCAAGAUAACUCACUAAUUAAAACUGUCUUUAUUCAUAUACAUUCAAAUCCUUUUGAAAGUUAUUUAAAAAAAUAAUAAUGUUUAUACUUUUAAAUAUCUGGUACUAUUUUGGUACCAAAAAAUUGUUUGUAGACUUAUAUAUAUUUGUGGAUGAGCACCCAAGCGGAAGGGCCUGAUAAAAGAGCUUUAGAUUGAAAGUUAAACUAUUUUGAUUAAUAACGGCAGUGCAUUUUCAGCAAAUUUGGGAGUGAGAUUAUUUGGUGACAAUAGCGUCCCAACCCUACCCCACCCCUAGGUGAAGUUACUCGCUGAUUAAAAUGAUCUCAAUAAACGAUAUAUAGUAUAGGCCUAUAUAUCAGUCGUAUGGCAAGACAUUGUGCUGCCUGGUUUGAGUUUGACCCCACCAUACUACAAAGACUACAUAUUCAUUCAAAGUUCUUUUUUUUUAUAUUAAAAAAAGUGCUGGUGUGUCACUGAUUGUGGGGGUGGGGGGGGAAUUGAAGGUGUCUGAGUGAAAGUAUGGGAAAUGAUUAGAAUUCAAAAACAUUUUUUUAACCAUCAACCAUCUAGGGUGAAAUUCAUGGCUUGAACAGAGAACUUCAAUUAUCAUGUGACCCUUUGCUGAGCAAAGGGGAUCAACUUGUCAAAUGUCGCAAAAUCCAGAAAAAUAUUACUCUUGCGAUGGAAUGUUUGUCUUUGUGUCUACCAGGUUAGUUGCUAUAGUGUUUACAGUGUUUAUAUCUUAUAGAUUAUAGGUAAUUUAAAUAUAAUAAUUUGUGUGCCUACAUUUCCGAAUGAUUUCUUUCCAUUUUAAGAUUAUUUAAAAUUCUUUAAAGCAACUAGCUAAGCAAUGUCUUUUACUCUAUCAAUUUUAGUUUUAGAAAUGUAUGGAAAACUUCAAGAGCAAAUGAAAGAUAAAAGGUAAUUAUGUAACAUUUUAAUAGGUUAUGCAAAUUUUUUUUUUUUCCCCACAUUAAUCUUUUAAGCUGUUUUAUUAUUGUCAUUUAUCCAUUAGCUUUUGACAAACUUUUUGAGACCAUAAAAAUUCAUGUAGUUUAAAAUUUAAGUACAUUUCAAACUUUUAGCUAACAUGUUGAAUUUUCAUCUUUGCUGUUUAUGUACACAUCACUUUUAAACUUCUAGAUAAUGGUCUUGCUCAAUUUAAUUUUUAUUAGAUACUAUCCAGCAUUAAAAACUCUAGAGCAGCUGGAACACACUUACCUGCCAAGGGUAAUGAACCAUUGGUUUUCACAAACGAUGUCAGAGGCUAUUCCAAGGCUAAGGGAGAGAAUCAAAGAAGCCUCAAUGACAGAACUCAAAGAUUUCUUAGAAAGCAUUAGAAAACACUCUGCUAAGAUUGGAGAGGUUGCCAUGAGACAUGUGAGUGGCUCAGUUUAGAUAUCUUGAUCAGUAAUAAAUUAAAUAUAUUUUGGUUUGACUUGACGCCUCUUAAAUUACAAUAUGAUGUGGUUGAACUAACUGUAUAACUGUUAUUAAAUUUUAAUUUUUUUUCAGGCUGCAGAACAAAAUAAUAUGGAUCCUUCCAUAGCAAAAAAAAGAGUAAAGACAAGAAGGGCACCUCCACCUCCAAAUCCUUUUACAGGGGAGGUAGAGUAUGUUCCCCCAGCUCCAUCUAAUGAGAGUGAAGAAAAGGAAGAGGUCAGUCAGUGCUGAUCUUAUCAAAGAAUUUUGUGCAAUAAUUUUUAAAGAAAAAUUGCAUUAUUUUUAAUUCAGUCAUUUAGUAUCUUUUUUAUAAAACGGACUUAUAAAACAAAUUUUCUCCAGAUGUUGGAUAGCUCAAUUAAUUAUUUUUUUUAUUGUUUGCUAGGAAUUGAGUGCUCAGGACCUUGUUGACUUUUCACCAGUUUACAGAUGUUUGCACAUCUAUUCUUUGCUGGUGAGUCCUUCACAUGUGUAAUUUUAUAAAUUUAAACUCAUAUUUAUAAGCCAUUACCUUUUUUUUUUUUUUUUGAAAAUGAGUUGCUGAUAUUUAAAUGUUUUUAUCAAUUUUUGUUAUUUUUAGUUUUUUGUCUUUUUGCUUUUAAGCUUCUUAAAAAGGUUAAGGUCUUUUUCAAUACCCAUUUAAAAACAAGCUUUAAUUUUUUAUAAAUUUAAAUUCUUAUUUAUACGCCAUUACUUUUUUUUUUUUUUUUUGAAAAUGAGUUGCUGAUAUUUAAAUGUUUUUAUCAAGUCUUGAUAUUUUUAGUUUCUUGUCUUGUUGCUUUUAAGCAUCUUAAAAAGGUUAAGGUCUUUAUCAAUACACAUUUAAAAACAAGCUUUAAUGUUAUGAAAGCAUGUGCAUAUUGCUUAUAUUAAGUGUACUUUAACUCUCAAAUAUUCUUGGUUUUCUGCUAUUUUUUUCUCUCUCAUUAGGUACUUUUACAAUCUGGCUAGUAGUUCAGUGAAGAACAUAGCAGUAAUAACAUGUUUUAUAUCAUUGGAUUCAGAAUUGAAUGAUCUAUUAUUUGAAACCAAUUAUGAGAUCACAGUUAAUUAUGGUUUUUAUUUAUGGCCAAAAAAUAAGGUUUCUAGGUGUGCUAAAUUUACACAAAAAUGUAAACAUACCACAAACAGGCAGAAGCAAAAAAAAUAACUGAUACUGAACUUUCGUUCAGACGAAAAUACACAAAAUCAUCACCAGUCAUGCCUUAUUAUUGUUUUUAUCAGUCUUGUAUCGCAUUUUGUAUUAAAAUAUAAUCAAAUUCGACGGUGGAAGAUAUAUUUGGUGCAUAUGUCAGAUUUUGUGCAACCAGACUGCAGUGAAGUUUCACAGGAUUGGCAAAAUGACGGACGAGAAUCGCAACAUGAAGAAGACUGAAACGAUGCACGGAGUAAAUUUUAAAAAAUUAAAAAUCUUAAUUUAAGCUUAAAAUUUAUAUUUAAAAAAAAAUUAUGCAAAAAAAUUAUAUUUGCAAGUUAAAAAAAAGCAGUUAUGAAAAAAGGUCAGAAAAAAAUCAAUUUAUAAUCUAUCGAUCAGUUUUGAUUGAAUGGUACUUUGAGAGUAAAAUAAAAAAAACAUAUGUUUUUUCUAAAAACAAUGAAGUCAACCAAACAUUUAUUUAUUUAAAUCAUUUACAUGUUUAUAAAAAAACCGUGUGAAAAUGUACCGGUAACUUAUAAAAAAGAUAUGGGAUCAAUACAAUAAAAUAUACUUAAAAAUUUACUAUGGUAAUUAAAAUUCUUUUUGUGCAGUAGGAUUUUAAAAAAUAAAAUAUUGAUUUUAGCUGAAACCUUCUUUUCUUGACCAUAUUGAAAUCUGCUUUUCAUAGACCAGAGGUUUUAUUAAAAAAUUCAGUACUACAAAUGGGAAACAUGAUGAUGAAAUGUCCCUCAAAUGUCACCACUUGAAAUUGCAGAGUGGUAUUGUUGCACGCUAAACAUACGGCUUUGUUGCUGAGUUUGGCGAAGAAUAAUUCAUCAAUUCAUUUGAGGUUGAAGAAAAAAGGUCAACAUUUUGGAGACUGGUAGCGUUGCCUCUGCUCUUUAGUCACAGUAAUUGGGGUUACUGUGCGGGAACUUGGUUUCAGUAAUAUGCCCAUGAAAUAAAGUUGCAGAGUGUUCUAAUUGGAUGGUUGUCUGUGCUCCCAUUCUUCAUUCUUGGAAUAUCUCUGCUUGGCACAGUAAGCAGACAUGCGCACAACACACACCUUGACCCCGGUGAGAGGUGAAUGAAAUGGCACCAGAGAGUGAACUUAUUUACAACACAACAGUCAUCAUCCCUCCCCAGUCAGGGGAUUAUGUUUCAUACAAGUGCCUGACAUGAGUGCCACAGCUUGAGUUGCGAGCAGUGGUAAUAAAAGGGAACAAAAUGGAAAUUCACUUAGGCUGGCUGCAAUAAAAACUGGAUUGGAAUACUAGAUAGGCCAGAUAUGGAGUUUGCCAAUUAAAGGCUGGAGUUUGCUGACCUCUGUUUUAGACUAUUGUAGUCAAAACAAUUUUAUAUUAAAAAAUUUAGAAGGUGCAAAUGAUUUAUAACAUUUUAUUAAUUGUUUAAAUAUAAAUUUUAUUACCUAACAUGAAUAAUAAUAUUAAUAUAAUAUAUGAUUAAUAUUUUGUUAAAAUUAUUCUAAUUUAUUAGACAUUUUUCAUUCAUACACUAAUGGUUUCAAAAACAUUAUUUGAAAAUAUGUUUUUUAUACACCAUGGUUUCAAAAACAUUAUUUGAAAAUAUGUUAUCCUUCAGGGAGAUAAAGAAAAAUUUGAAAGCUAUUAUAGAUCCCAAAGAUGGAAACAAGCAAGGCUCUCAUUACAGCCCCCAUCAAACAUGGUCAGUCAUAAAUUUGUGUGGUUAGGAUUAAUAAAUAUUUUGUUAAAAGAGCAUUAAACAAGAGUCAAAUGAUACAGUGUUUAAAAAUAAAAAUAAAAUAUUUAAACGUUUUUAAAUAUUUUUUUAUUUAUGUUUAAAUAUUAUUUUCCUUAAACUUUUAACUUCUGCAACAUGAACAUAAUCAUUUCACAUGUAAAAUAACUUAUUUCUUUCCUAUUCUUGCAGCACGAAAGUCUGGAUUUAUUCAAGAAGUAUUUUCAUGAUAUAAUAGGGUAUGUGCAUUUGAAGACCUUAGUGCUAAAACUAAAAAUACACAUUUUGAGAUAUCAAGUUCAAAUUUUCUUUUCAUCUAUGCAAGUGAAAGUUGAUCAUUUUCAUAUUUUGUCUUAUUUUUUAAGAGACUAAGGCACAUUUUAAUGUGUUCAAAUUUCUGCAGUUCACUUGGUUGUCACAGUUUAGAUUGAUUUUGACAAAAAUGUCACUUAAGUACUUUUGGCACUAGGAUCUUCAACUUAUUCUUAACUCUAUUACUAUUUUAGGGUAUGUGGAGUUAGUGUUUUAUUACUGUUUACAGAAUUCAAUACAAUUGAACAAAAUAAAGAAAGUAAAGGAAUGUUACUGGCAUUUCUAUUGCCUUUGUAACGCAUAAAAACCUCAGCCAUUUUUACUUUUUUUUUUCACACUAUCAAAUUUUCCUUUGAUGGAAUUUGUGUAUGAAGGCACUAUUUUGUGUGCGGAUUCAUUGACAAAACAGAGAAUUCGUUUUUCACGUUCAAGCAAUUGUAUGAUGCGAUAGCCAAUUGUAGACAUUUUUUCGUUCACGUGACAUACUGCUGAUUUAUCAAAAUGGCAGCGAUUCAAGUAAAGUGCGCUGCGAUUAAAAUAUUUGAAAACAAGUUAUGGUCAAGCUACUCACAACUUCGAAGGAUAAAUGCCAUUUAUGAUACUGAAAAACUUGGCAUAAUUUAUAUUUCACCACUAGAAGCCUGGCAGCUAACGAUUGCUUAGACGAUGGGCCCUGACUGCCCUGAUAAAAAUUUAAAGAGCGGUAAGUUUAACUCGUAAUAGUCAUAAUAAAUAGGCCAUAAUUAAUAUUAUUAGUACUAUUAGUAAGCUAUAAGCGCAAUUUAUUUAUUCAUAUAUAUUUUAUAUUAAAUAAUGCUUGGCCUAUAAAUUAAAAUAGUCAUAGUACUCAUACUCAAAGUAGACAUGGCAUAGUCAGGGGAAGCUUAAGCAGUUUAUGAAAAAUAAAUAUAACUUAUAUAAUAUAACUUAUAUAACACUUCCACUCCAUCCAACUGAAAAGACCCACUGGUGACUAAUUGACUAAAUGUAUAAAUAGUAGGCCUAAAUACUAAAUUAACAUUCUAAUACUAAAUUGCCAUAUUAAAUAAUAAAAUUAUUAUGCAUAUACUUAUUAAGUUAAGUAUCAUACUUGUACUACAAAUUUUCUAUGUAGCCUUUAUUAUUUAUACUGUAUAAUAUUUAUAGUCUAGUAUAAAUAAAGUUGUAUGAAUUAAUUUAUUUUAUGUAAUAAAUAUGUCUAUGUAAGUCUGUCUAUGUAAAUAUGUGAGACACUAUUAUGUAACACUGUAAUGUAUGUUGAAUUAUAAUAAAUUAGGAUAAGGAAUAAAAAAAACUAAUAGAAUUAAUAGCAACUAUUAUUUACUUAAUAAAAUUAGUCAUUAGAUUAGAUUUAUUAGGCUAUCUAUUACUUUUUAAUAUCAGAAUAGGGCCUAAAUUACUUUUUAGAAUUGGCUAAUCAUUUUCAAAUAUAGGAUUAUAAUCCUAGUCCUAGGCCUAUCCAAAAACACUAUAAACAUAAAUUUCAAACAAAUUAAAACAAAACAACAUUCUUUGCAAUCGCAAUGAGUAUGACAAUUAGUAGGUCUACUAUUAUGAGUUUGAUAAUCUUAAUUAAAUAUAGUCUAUAGUAUUAUCAGUAGUACAUUAAUCACAAUUAUAGUAAAAGGAUAGUAUACAGCCAUUACCAUACUAAUAAAUAGGCCCUUUUAUAAUUGAUAAUGACAAAAAAUUAGAUAAUGAAAGUAUACUAAUAUUAAUAGUAAUAAUACCGUACAUCAAAAAAUAAAUUUCACCAGCACAAUAGAAAUAAUACAUCCAACAAAAAAUUUCCAUCAGUCUGGUUCUAAAGUGUCAUUCAAAUUCACCACAGGCACUUAGUUGUUUUAUUGGGAGUACCACAAUUCUAUUAAUAUUAUAUAUUAAUUUAUCAUUAAUGUAUACACAAAGAUACUUUAAAAUUAUAAUUAUUUUGACAUUUGUAGCCAGUUGCUUAAGUAAAAAAAAUGUUAAGUUCUUAAAUAUUAAUGACACUUAUGUUAAUAUCACAAUAAAAUCUUAUUACCAUAUGUGUUCUCCAUUGAUACCAAUUUUAUUACCCUCUUAUAUAACCAUAAAAUAAUUAAAUGAAAAUAACUAUUUUUCUGCUAAUAAAUCAAAAUGUUAAGUAGAAAAAACAUGAUUGCAAUUUUAAUGAUGAAAUUUUGGCCUUAUUAUUAUUAAAUUUGAUAUAAAGGUUUCCCCACUUUGGUUGUGACCACCCUAAGAUGGUGUGAAUGGGCACCUUACCACCCUCCUUCUAUUAAACUAAUCCAUCAGUUUCCACUCCAAAUUUCCACUCAAAAAAGGUAGCAACAGCAUCAAUUCAAUAUAGAAAAAUAUAAUUAUUAUAAUUUAUAAUUGAAAACCUAUCAUACAAAUCUGGAGGCUUUUGAUUAGUCAUACUCUUUCCACCAAAAGGUUGAAUAAAUUAGAAAAUUCCAGAUUUCAAUUACUUUAUUGUCUGCAUUAUUGAUCAAACAACAUAUAUGUGAUGUAUGAAAACUUGGAAAUAUAAAUGUAUACACUUUAAAAUGAGUGGUUGUUUGAUCUUUUAUUUUUAAAAUAUUUAUGUUGGUAAUAAAUAAAAUAUAUUCCUUUUUGUUUCUUUCAGAAAUUGUUAACCUCAACAAUGACAAGCAUUCACAAUCCCAUAACUUAAAGAAAAUGAAAUGACAGAAUCUUUAUAGUCAAAGAUGAUUGAGACAUCCUUCCUAUUUUAAAAUAUGGAAAGACUACUACUAAUGGCAGUGCUUCUUGAUAACAUCAUUUAGCGCUGCUUAUUUUAAAUAAAAUAUUAACAAAUUUAAUUUUUGAGUUCUUGUGAAAUCUGUGAUUGGACUUAUAUGUUUUCAAUUAUUUUUAAAAGGAGAUUACCUCUCCCCAAAAUAUUAUCUGUCAUAGUUUAGAGCAGAUUUUAAGUUAGAGUACCAGUAUAUAAAUUAUAAAAGUAUAGAUAAUUGUAACAAUAUAAUUUUUUAGCUGAAAAUAAAUUGUCCUGAGUGUAGUUUGUCAAAAAGCCUGCUCCUUAACAAUUUUUGAAUGUAAACUAACUUAUAUUAUGGUUUUUAUUUUUUAUAACUUAGCCUAGUACUAGAAUAAAACAAAUAGAUGGUAGUCGGCAUUCAAGAUAGUUGUGUGGAGUAGAAUUCCCAGAGUGAGUCACUUAGAAAGUUAGUUUAGACAUAGUAAUUGCUUUUUAAAAAAAUACCUUUCUCAAUUGCUGACCUAGAUAGAAAAAUUUAUAGAUAAAGUUGCAGAUGCUAUCCAUAGCAGAAAGAAGAAACUAGUACAUUAUCAUUAAGUUCUAACUUGGUGACCAGCCUAGUGCAGCUAGUGCUACAGUUACAGUAAUAUUGUUUAUAAGUAAAAAGCCUAUUUAAAAAUAAAUUUCAAUUAUAUCAUGCGCUACGCUACGCCCAUUUAUUUUAUUAAUUGUUCUAUUAUAAAUUUUUUCUAAAUUAAGUAAAUAAUUCUUAUUUGGAGGCUUUUGUUGUUUUGAUAACAUGGCGUGGUCGAUGUAAACACGACCUAGAUUGACAAACUUCUUUUUAUUUUUAGUGUUUGUUCACGUGAUAUAGAGGUUGCGCAAUAAUACUAAAAUAAAUUGCAUGCCAUCAAAAUUUGAUCAAAUGAUGAUUUGAAAGUUGUGACAUGGCUUCAUACAAGGCUUCAUACACAAAUUGUAUCAAAUGUUUGAAGGAAAAUUUGACCGUGUGAACUGACGCUAAGGUUUUUUCAAAACACUAAGGCUUUUUCAAAACACUAAGGCUUUUACAUAGAUUAAGUUAUUGCUAUCAGAUUUUAAACACAGAUUAUUUAAUAUAUAAUAAAACUUUUUAAACAGGACUUUUUGAUUUAAUAACUAGUUAUAAAUCAAAAGAGUCAGAAAUAGAAACUCUAUUUUUUUUCAAAAAAAAAAAAAAAAAAAAAAACAAAGAUUAUUUAAUAAAUAAAAAAACUUUUUAAACAGGACUUUUUGAUUUAAAAACUAGUUAAAAAUCAAAAGGGUCAGAAAUAGAAACUCUAUUUUUUUUCAAAAAAAAAAAAAAAAAGAGGGUGUGGGUGAAUUCUUAUUGACAUAUUUUCUUUUGUUAGAUAGUUAUCUUAAUUCUAGGUUAUUCAAAUGUUUAUUAUUGGUCACUGAACAUACUUUGAAAAUUUAGUGAGGUUUGGAUAGUAAAUAAAAAAGUUAUAGUUAUAGGAAUGUUGGUAACCAAAAAUAUUGAAAACGGAAAAACCGAAAUAACGAAGAAAAACGACAAUAACAAUGAAAAUAUCGGAGAAAAAUAAUAUAUUUAUUUUCAGAUUAGUCUGUGAACUUUUAUUAGCCUGUUAUGGAAUAUUUUAUCACUUUCCAGGUCCUUUUGUCUUUUUUCCUGGCCACUCAACUUUUUGUUGCAAUUAACUUUUAUUCUGUUUUUGCCGAAACAAUAAUAAUUUGCUUAUUUUGGAGAAUUUCAGCAUUAUAAAAGUGUGCAAAACAUUAACCUAUGUGAAAAUGCAAUUCCAAAAAGUUAUUUGGCAGUGUCCAUGUAUGCUGAAAAUGCAACUCUUGGUCUUGUAGAAAAAUUGUAAGUUCUACGAGUUUGAAUGACGGAAUGAAUAUUGACAGUUGUAAAUUUUAUGAUUUCUAUUUCACAACUUUUGAAUCUCUUGAGCGUCAACAUUUUUUUUUUACCAAAAGCAUAUUAACAGGUUUUUUUGUGUGAGACAGAAAAAUAAUGAGCAAUCACACCAUUGUAAAAUCUAACUGGUUUACUGAAUCAAAUUUUAACACUAAUCAUGUUGCAAAUCACAUUGCAUAGAUAUACAAUGUUGAAACAAGGAAAUUAUUGAUUAGUUCCUGUCAACUGCAGUCUUAUUCUUUUAGUCCUUGAAUAACAUAUUAUAAGCCUUGUGAUGUUAUCUAUGUUAGUCUUCUCUUGCCUCCUCUGGCUCAGGUUACUUUAAUUUCGAUGCAUCCAACAUAUGUUGCAACAAGGAAUCUGUAACAUUUUUUAAGACAUAAUUAGGGCACUCCUUUUUCAUUUACAAAUUGUCAUUUGGGCUAAAUGAAAUAAGACAAAAGAUCAGUGUAGUUUAUCAACAGGAAAUAUAAUGCAUGUUGUGUUCUGUUGUGCUCCAAAAACUCACUGCACAUCGCCUCAAUCAUUCUUGUUGUUAGAUAAUAUUUUUAUUAAAUGCUUACCAACAAUAAAAUAUAAGGCUAUAAGGACAUUAAUGAAUGAUAGGUCUAACUAGCAAAUGGCAUUGUUGACAAGUAUUUCAAGCAAAAUUUGUUAUGGCUCUUUUUUUUACUUUUGAAUAAAAUAAUACUAAUGACAAAUAAAAGUGGUUGUAGUGAUAAGAAAAAUAAGAAAUGUAAAAUAUUACCAUUUUAAAAGCUAUAAAUAUAGGACAAUGUAAGUCAAAUAUCACAAUUACUCUAUUGUCAAUUAAGUUUCAUUUUUACUACUUUCACUAACAAGUAUAAUAAAAAAGUAGAAGCAUAAGCCUUCAUUCAUUCAUUGUAUGAGUAUAGUGAGUGUAGGCCUAGCCUUAAGAAUGAUAGAUACAGAUACAGUACAUUAAAUUUGAAUCUAAGUUACAAAUAGAUUUGAUCUUUAAGAACUUAAACACGGUUGGAGUACGACAAGGCUGCCUGCUCUCCCCCACCCUGUUCAACAUCUUCCUAGAGAGAAUUAUGUCAGAUGCUCUGGAAGCGCAUGAAGGGACAGUCAGCAUUGGUGCCAGAACAAUCAGCAUUCUACGCUUUGCGGAUGACAUAGACGGACUGGCUGGGAACGAAGAGGAGCUAGCCAACCUGGUAAAGCGUCUCGAUAAGACCUCGUUGUCCUACGGCAUGCUAAUCAGUGCCGAAAAGUAAAAAAUGAUGACAAAUAACACAACAGACAUCACCACUGAAAUUAACGUCGGGGAGGAAAGACUAGAGACUGUAGGCUGCUUCAAAUAUCUAGGAGCAAUAGUCUCAAAAGAAGGCUCCAAGCCCGAACUGAUGUCCAGGAUUACGCAGACUACAGCAGCACUAAAGAGGCUCAAGAAAAUAUGGAACUAUAGCCCCCAGCACCAAAAUCAGGCUGAUGCGCUCAUUAGUCCUCUCCAUUUUCCUGUAUGCCUGCGAAUCCUGGACAUUAACAGCCGAUCUUGAAAGGAAAAUAAAGGCGAUGCCCUACCUGUGACUGUGAAAAAACGCAAAUUACAAUGGUACGGCAAUGUAACACGAAAACAAGGGCUUGCGAUAGAAAUAUUGUAGGGCACCACAAGAGGAGGGAGAAGAAGAGUAAGACAAAGAGAAAGAUGGGAGGAUAACAUCAAAGAGUGGACAGGACUAACACUGGGCGAUGCUGUGCGUAGUGCAGAAGACAGAGACGAAUGGAGGAGGAUAGUUCACAUGUCAUCUGUGGUUCCCCAACGGUCCAAGGACUAAGGGAUGUGAUGAUGAUGAUGAAUUAUUAUUGGCAUGGUAUUUUUCUAUCUGGAAGUAGAAUUAAUCAUGUUUUUCAUGGCAAUUAAUCAAAGCAAACCCAUUUGAUAUGUGUAUUUACUGAUUUAGUUUUUUUUACCACCUCAUAUGUUUUUAUUUGCAACAAAUUACGUUUGAUGUAUCAAAAUUGCUAGGCCUAAUUAAAGUUAGCAACGGAUUGUUUACACUGACUGUAGGUAUUACAAACCGAGUUCUGAGCGGGAACCAAUCAAAAUGCUUAUUUUAUUCAAUGGUGAGGGCUAGAUUACGUGAUACACAAAGUAGGUCAGGAAAAUAACAAAUUUUGCUAGAUUGGACAGGUGAUUGAAAGGUUUGAUUGUUUCCGUAAUUUUCUUUAUGAUGGAAAGCUAUAUUUAUUUUAAACCGGCAAUUAACCAGUUUUCCAACCACACCAAAUACAUUGGGAUUGGUCAAUUCCAAAUAAUCAUAACAAAGAGCUGAAAGCACUAUACAAUGUGGCAAUUUUGACAUUUUGCUGAUUGAUAGGUUCAGGAAAAUUGUAAUUUUUUAAAUUUUGUAACUUACUUUUGUAAAAACAAAUAUAAAAAUUUAACAAAGAAAAUGGUUAAUGAUACCAAAUACAUAAUAAGAAAAAAAUAUUCAAAUUUUUACAUUUUUGCCCAUUUCUCCCCUUUUUAAAAGAGUAUACAUUUUGCCAGUGAUAUGCUCUUUUUAAAGACUUUCUUUCUACUCCCAUUUCCAUCUUGUUUUCAUAUCGUAAUUUUUUUGCUGACACACUUGGCUGUAUCUCUCAGUUUCUAGUUGUUCAUCAUGUCUGCUUCAUUCAGUGAACAGCAGGAGAAGGGUGGGUAGGGGAGAGAGCGAGCUGUGGUUGCAGGUUAGAGGUAGAAGGGUGGGGUUUUGAGAGAUGGGGAAAUCACAUGUUACCAUCUUGCUGUGGUUUACCUUUGUGGUUGAUUCAUAGUGUGUUUUGUGAUGACUAUAGAGUGUCGAUAAUACUUAAAAAGUGGCAAAUAAAAAAGUUAAAAAAACAAACGUUCUAUCCAAGAUGAGUUUAAAUUUUCAAUGCAUAAAAAGAGGAAAAUAAUUUUUAAAAUGUUAAAAUGCUUUAUGCAAAGAAAGGCUGCGCAGAAAAUAUUGUCUAAAAUUAAUAAAAAUUAAAGAUUUUUAAAUUUCAUCAAGAUUCAAUUGGAAUCCUUUGGCUCAUCUUCUCUUCUACGCAGCUUUUCUUUGUGUUAUGCUUUUUAAGAAAUGUUAAAUUAUAAUCUACUUUUUAAUUGCGUUUUAAGUUUAACUUGAAACUUGCCUUUGAUAGAAAGUCCUUUUUAUUUUUUGAUUGUUUAGGAGAAAAAAAAGCUAAUGAUUAACAAAUAAAAUUCUCCAUUCAGUUUUUUUGUUGUGGAGGAUCACAUAUUACACACAACGCAAGGGCUUGUUACAAGAUCACAUAUGGAUGAGCUGUGGGAAAAGGCAGUGGAGAAGCUCAGUGGCACACUUAGGUCGACAUGGGUGAGUCUCUUUUUUAUUAACUUUAAUUUUGAGGGAAUUCAAUAUACCCCUUUUUAUUAUGUUUUCUCAAUGUAAAUUUGAUGUUGUUGUUUUUGAUGGUUACCGGAAAUUUGUUUGAACUGUAAUUUAGUCGACCGAAGUUUGGUCGAAUUUCAGUUCACACGAUUUAAUUUUGCUUUUAAUUUCUCCUUGUUUUACUAUAUAGAAUAGUGCUUUCAAAAAGAAAUUUGACAAAAAUUUGAUCGUGUGUACUGAACAAAAAAUUUGACAGAAAUUCCGUUCCAUCAAAUGUCCAUCAAUGAAAUUUCUUUCAAACAAAUUUCCGGAUACGGUUUUUGAUAUUUCCCUUUGCUAUAAUGCUAGAACUAUUAAUUGCUAAUUUGAAGAAAGGCACUAUUACUGUAUCCACCUGUAGUGCUAUAACAAGUUAACUUCAAGUGAAGCAGGGUUUCUUUGUGUGUAAAACUUGAGCUGCUCUGAUAUUUUUAACGGUUUUGCUCUUACUAAUCAUUUUUGGAGCUUUUUGUCUUAAAAUGCUAUUGACUUAUAUUAACUUAUAUUGGUUCUCUGAAAUGGUAAAGUUUUAACCAGGUGAUGAGUUAUCAAAAAAACAAACUUCCCAGCAUUUCAAAGGAGCUCAUCUUUAAAUUAAACUUUAAACACUUAUUAACAUUGCAAUACUUUUUCAUAAUAUUAUUAAUAUUAUUUAGAGCUAUAUAAAAUGUAUGUAUAAAUUAAAUCUACAUUUUCAUAAAAAUAAAUUAACUUUACUUCCUAUUUUACUUUGUCAGUGUUCUGAUAUCUAUUGGCGUGAAACUUCAAAGCUAUAAAUUUAAAAAAAUCUUCAUCUAUUGCUUCUCUUUACUAACUCCAAGUAUCUAUCUUGCCUUUUCUUAAAAGGAUAACAGACAAUGUAGUUGAAACCUAAAGUCUAAUUUUUAAAAUUCAGUGCCUUAUUAAAAUGAUCCUUAAUAUGGUUUGAAGACCCUAAAAUAUCAACACAACACAAUCAAUUUUUUGUAAAAAAAAUUCUAAUUUUAUGGUAAGUAAUUUUUUUUUUUUUUGCUGCGGAGAACAAGUUUGAAAGAUUCCUUAGUGGCCAAUUUUAGAAACAAGGUUAUUACUGAUGUGUAAGAUUCCAUAGUUAACAAUUUCAGGAGAAACAGCUUGAAUAUUUCCAAGAGAAUGGUGAAGUUACCAGCAUUGUGUCUGAAGAUAGCAGUAACUUGGAGGAAAAUGAGUAUCAGGAGGUUAAUGACCAAACCUUUACCCCUGUUUUACCAUGCCUAAUGCCUUGCCACCUCCCAUAAGAUGUUAGUAGGUGGUAAAGACCAUGGGUCAGGUCUUCAAAGGAUACAUACUAAGAAUCUGACGCUAUUGUCUCAGUAACUUGCAUGUGAACUCACAAAAUUAACCUGAAUCAUUUAUCAUAAUUAUUUAAACUUGAGGUAAGGUUCAAAAUAACCUGUAAAACAUUAAGCAAUGCAGAGACUUGAAAAAAUAUAACAUGCAUGCCCAGCUAUUCCCAUCCAUAUUCAUCCUUUUUUGCUUCAUAUUUUUUCUCUGAUGUGUUUAAUAGAUUUUCUGCCAUUUUUGUUACGGUCCAGGUUUUGUUUGCAUAUGUUACAACUGGUCCGAUUACAGUUCUAUAAAUAGUUUUCUUUGUAAUGUUUUUACUUCAAUAAAGGAUUUUGAUAUGUCUUUAAUACUUGCCAUCAGCGUAUGCAAGAUACUGAAGGGGUUGAUUGUAGAGAGUGCCCAGUGGUUGUGGGUUUUGAGUUUCCCUCAGAAAGUAUCCUGUUAUUGUUCCUUGUGUGUCAAUAUGUAUGCUUCUUAUAACUCUCUCUAAUGUAAGGUUAAAUAGCAUACAAGACAGUGAGUCUCCAUGUCCUAGGCUUCGUCUAAUGUGAAAUUUCCUUGGAUAUUCUCCUUGAACCUUGAUCAUGCUUUUUGAGUUGAAUUAUGCUUUGAUAAAAAGACUAAAAUAAAAAUAGAACUUUCAGCUAAUGCAUUGGCUAGAAUUUUUUUCCUCCAGAAUUUAAAUUAAAUUUACGUAUGUACCCAUUUAAUAAAAAGUGAAGGGCUUAGACUUAGUAAUUAAUUUUUGUAAAAAUUUUACUGUUUAACUUUUACAAAUUGUUGGCAUAUUUCAUCUAUUUAAACUUUAUUGUGGUCCAACCCCCUUAUAAAGAAUUACUACUCCCUGCUUAUUUAUAUAUAUUUGAUAUAUUAAACACAUGCUUGCUUGUAUUCAUAAUUCACUAUUUAAUUCUGUCCAUUGUGUUUAUGGCCAAAUAUUUACAUACGAUACGAUUUAUUUAUCAGCUUCUCAUUAACUAAUCCUUUUAAAAAUUGUUUUGAUGCAUUAUGCACUUAAAAAAUAUUUAAUAUAAAAUGUAAUGGAGAAUAAUUUUAAAAUAAUUAUUCAUUCAAACCUUAAUCCUUUACUCUUUAAACAAAAAAUAAUUAUUCAAAUAAAAUUAUUUUGUAUUUUACACACAAAAAAAUAGUUACUAUACUAUAUUAUUUUUUUGUUUAUAUAUUGUUGGAAUUACAUGGUUAUAAAACUGCAGCUAUCAUUUAUAACCCUCAUCCUUGAUUAUAGAUAAUUUGUUGUUAUACAAUUUUCACCACUAACAUAACUGUUGAGUUUUAUAAGAGAAAUGUUGAAUCUUAUGUUAAGUAUAUUAUUUAAAGAUAUAAGCUAAUAUAUUAUAACGAAUAAUACAUUUUUUAUUUUGUUUUGCUUGUGUAGGAAAAAAUUAACAUGUUCAUUUUAAACUUGAUAUCUAAUAUAAAUAUUUAGUUCUGCAAAUAUUAAAACUAUUUAUUUUCCCCACUAAGAACUUACUGUUUAAAGUUUAAAAUAUUUAUAAAUAAAUGAUUGACAACUGUUAAAAGCAACAGUGCUUAUAUUAUAUAUAUGAUUUCACCAUUAUUAUGUUAUGAUUAUUUAAAGAGAUAAAUGAAAAUGUCAUCUUAAAAAUGUGGGGGCAAUAUAUUUCUGAGCUAAAAUAUAAAUUAUAUUUGAAACAUUUCUAAAUUCUUCUAAAUGUGACUGUUUUAUUUUCAGCAAUCCUGUAAAUUAGCAAAUUUGAUGUUAGAGGUCAAGAAAUUGAUAGUUCUCUUUUGUCACACCUUAAAGGUAAUUUUGUUUCUUUAAUUUUUCAGCUAUUUUAAUUUAGAUUGUGUUUAGGUUGUUUGAAUUCUAAAAUGCUUUGGAAUUUUUACUAUUUGAAAUCUGUAUUAACAAACAAUGGUUUCACAUGACUUUUUACUCUCUCUCUCGUUCUCCAGGGCUAUGGAUUUAGUGUGGGGAGAUUGCUAGAACUUUUACUGGAAAUGAGGUAAGUGUUGACCCGUAAAUUUUUUAUAUGAACUUUGCUCUUGAUUAUUAUUUAUAGGGUCGUGCACGGAAAUGUUUUCUCACCAAUGUAUAAAAUGUUUUAUUUAUCAGAGAUAGAUACAGUGUCAUAUUGUCUGAUCAGUGGGUUGAUGUGUUCACGGCUAUAUUUGCUGAAGAUAAUUAUACACCAAUCAUGUGUGAUAAUCCAGAGGACUACACAAUUUUAGGGAGUCAAUUUCCAUACAGGGAUCCAGAUUUGGAUACAGUAAGAAUCUUUCUUUUUAAAAAAUAUGGUAAUAAUUUGUUCCAGUCCUUCGAAAAGUAUAAAUAUAUUUAAAACUUAAAAUUGAAAAGGUGCUUGUCCAAAUAGGAGUAAAGAAAGAUCUAUAAUUUGUGAAGUUGUGAACUUAUUCUAUACACACGGUGGGUGGGGAAAGAGGGUGAGCAUGGGUUUGGUCAGUUUAUGAGAUUGGCAUGUGAGGAGAGGUCUAACAAAAUUCUAACUCUUCAUCCUGUAUUUGUGUGGGUUUCACAGUGAUGGUAUUUAUCUAAAUACUAAGGGACAUAUCAACUCUUACUACCACUUCUUCACAAUGAAAUGUCAAGCCCAAUUUUACACUUUAUUUCCAUGAAACACAAUAAAUAAUCCUUGGAAAAUUUUAAAACUAUCAGCAACAUCACAGGAUAUUCAUCUCCAAAAUGUAUAUUAUAUAAGAUCACUUUUUAGACAUUGAUUAAUAAAAAAAAAAAUGUACCUUCUUCAAAAUGUCUGUCCUCAACCUCUCACUUCAAGCUCAUGAAAUAUACUCCGGCCAAUAAAAUAAGUCCCUAACUUAAUGCUUUACUCAGAUAUUCUUCCACUCAGUCUUGUGUGCAAAAAUCAUGAGUGUUGUGUACCAAAGCAUGUGUUACAAAAAUCUAAGCCACAUUAGCAUUAUGAGUAACCGAAAACACAUGUCAAUGUGUCAAAAUUAGAGCAAUAACAAAAUUGACAAGUUGUUUGCUUUGUUGCUAAGUGCUAUUAUAAGUAUUGUGAAUGGUUCUUUAGUUACUUUCAUUUUGCUGUCACCUUUUUAAUUUUGUUAUUGUGUUUCCUAUUAUGUAUUAUAAUUUAGUGAACAUAUGUUACCAUUGUUGUUAUUUUUUUAGUGAACUUUGAAAUAUUUCAAUUUCCAAGUGGAUCUAGUUAUAAGUUAUAGAUUACAGUGGAAUUUUAUAGUCAUAAAUACUGUAUAUAAAUUGAUUUGACUCAGACAUAACCUUUUAAUUAGUGCUACUACUUCUAAUAAUUCCUUGAUGAUCUCAUAAUAUUCUCAGACUGGCUAUCCAAGACAAUUUCCUUUCUCUCAGUUUGUGCCUAGUAUUUAUGUGCAAGUUAAAGAGUACAUCAACGCGUGUUUAAAAUUUUCAGCUGAUUUACAUUUGAGGUGAGUCAUUAUUCAUUCUUUAAACUAUUGUGAUUUGGCCUUUGCAUAUGAAAUACAUCAAAAUAUUAUGGAAUAUAUCAAAUUGUAUAAAUUUUUUGGUAAAGGAUUAGAAAACGAUUAGAUCAAAUAUCUUUUAAUGAAAAUCCUUUUGCUAACUUCUGUAGCCCAAGAGUCUUUACACAAUAUGACUCUUGACUCCUAUAAAUCCUCCACAGAAAUUAAUUUUAUCAAAACUGCAUUAGUAAUCUCGUUGCCAAAGUACUUUCAAACUUAUGGCAUGGUCAUCAAAGUCAGAAGUGUUGCUAUUCCACUUUUUGCAUACUGUUUCAUGGGUUUUUAUUUUAAUUUGUUAAAAUCUGCCAGUCAUACAGAGAUAGAUGAUAUGAUUCGCAAGUCUGCCAAUCAACUGCUGACUAAAACUCUUGGAGGAUGUCUCUCUAAACUUAUUAAAAAACCAAACCUCAGUUUGCUGCAGGUGAGUUUUUUUCUUCUAAAUUCACUUAGUUUUUUUUCUUUCCUUUGUUCUUUACUUUAAAAUGUAUGUAUCUGUGUGUAUUAACUCAUUCCCGGCGGUUGCGACUAAAUGCAUCCUUUGGAGGUUUCGACGGAUGCAUCAAAAUGCGUCCCGGCGCAUAGUGAAACACACUCCUCUCUCAUUUCUAUUUAAAAAUAGCAAUGAAAUCUCGCAUCCUCGAGACUUCGGGCGAUGGCGUGGUUCAGCGUGAUUCAAUUUAAAAACUGGAAGUUUUUAUCUUGUUUCACUUUAAAACUAUGUGUUUUAGUACGGUGCGUCUAUAUGUAGCAUGUGUUCGUCCGAGGUGCCGAAAAUCGAUUUUUUGGUCAUUGUUAAUUUUUUCACUGCUCAUGUUAUAUUUUUUUAUUAAACCUUAUUCAUUUUUGUUGCAUUUGUUGUAUAUAGUCGGCACAUCCAUAUGGAUUGUUUUCAGGCUUCCCAUAGCUUAACCCAGAUGAAAAGAUAUGCCAAAUUUAUGGUAAAUUUUCAAUUUACCAUAAUAAAUGUUAGUAGAUACAAGGAUACAGUGCAAAUAUUUUCUAAUAGCAUCAGAUGGUUUCCAGUGGAAAUAGUUAGUUUUUUCUGACACUUUUUGUGAGGCGGUGACAAUGGAUACUAUGGUCUGGUCUUUCAUUUUUUUCUUUUUUUAAUGUGAUCUUUAUUAAAUGUGAUGCACAUAUGCAUAUAGUUCAGAAAAAAACACAUUUUUGUUACACUUUGGAGUAUAUAUUUCUUUUUGUGUGCCUUGGAAUGAGGGUUUUGUGAACAGUUGGCGAGUUUUUUAUUUAAAAUUUUUAUUUUCCUUAAAUCAUAAUCACAUUUAUAUAUUAAACUUUAAACCCAAGUCUGUAUUGUCUGUAAAGAGCAGGCAUUCCCCUUUAAUUCCAAACCAAACUUAAUAUUUUCAGAUGAAAAACAAAAAAGUUAUGAUGUUUUAGAGAUAACAUAGUAGUGCGUAACAAAUAUGCAAGAUAGAUGAUUCCGUAAGAAUGCAGAAAUUAAUUCCGGAGAGAUCGAGUUAAAUAAUAUUUUGUAGCUUAAAUAAAUAUUUUACAAAUGUAAAUGAACUGCAAAACAGAGUUACUUCCCUUUCUUAUGCAUAUUAAUUAAGUACGGAAGUAGCACUGCCGCAGGGAAUGAGUUAAUGACAUGAUUUAUUUUGAAGCUCCAUCUUAAUUACUUGCUCUUUUUUCCACGUAUACUUUUACUUUGAAAAAUUACAGAUUUAUGUUCACUUUCACUAGUUCAUAAAUAUUUAAAUUUUAAAUCGCAUUAUAACUAUUAUGAGAGAGAUGUCAUAAAAUUGACAAUGCCUAUGGGAAGGCUAAAGCAUACAUAUUCCAUCCUUCUCCAUUGUAUGAUAGUUUCCCUUUAAAAAAAUUAUUUUUAUAAGGGAAAAUGAAGUACAUUAUAUUUUUUAAAAAACCUAUAAAUUCAUACUAUGGUCCUCACUGUUCUUUAUGGGUUGUUUCCCACCCUCUCCUUUUCCUCCUUACCUCCUCAUAAUUUUGUCAGGGUUUAUCAAUCUUUAAAAGAAGGAAAGCUGUUGCUAGUAUUGUGGAGAAUGUGUAAAACCCCAACUUAGGUAGUGCAGGUGAGAGGAGAAUUCUCACAGGUGGGAAGACUGGACACUAACCCCCUGUUGUAUUGUAUCAGAUUACACCAGAACAAGGCUAGUGUGAGAGUGACAGUAUAGUUAUAAAUUAAAGGCAAUGGAAUGCAGAGGCUGUUGGUUAGUUAAUGAGAAAUGUCCAUGCAGACCAAGGUGUGAGGACUUUGUGUAGUUUUUGUGGGUGGAGAAUUCCCACACUGGCUUAGUCCACACCUCUCAUGGGGUACCUUUGCCAAUGAAUAGGACUAUCUGAUUGCAUGCCUGUGUCUGCUCUUACAAAAGGGAUGUGGUCCUAGAUGUUGAUUUUCCCAGACUCUUCUCAUAGGUUCUUAUGUUUCCACUUGACGCCGUGUGAGAGUAAUUACCGUGAGAGUAAUUACUGACAAGGUCCGUAUGUGUUGCUGCCCAUGUUUAAUUGUUUGUGUUGUAUAGGGCAAAAAGAAUUGCCAAUACCUUAAGCAUUUUGUGAAUUGUACAGAAGCCUGUCCUAAUAAUAUCUGUUUUUUGUUUACAGUUAAUACAGAUCUCCAUCAACAUGAACUAUUUAGAAAAAUCUUGUGAAUAUUUAGAGGAAUAUAUCUCUAGCCUGACUGGGUAAGCUAACAGAAUAAUUAGAAUGUAUGAAUUGUUGAAUAUAGCUGCAAUAUGUUGUUAUUGAGGAAAUUUUAUUUAUGCUUUUUCUUAGUGUUAUGAAAUACUUUUGUUCUAAAACUCUUAAAUAUUGGGGGUUAUCAUUGACCGAUCAGAUUAGGGAUGUGGGUUCAUUGAAUAUACUUCUGUUGUGUCUUAGGAAUGAGGUAUUUUAGGUUAAAUUUAUUGUAACAUGGGCAAAGCAUUGAUAAAAUUGAAGUUUUUAUGCGUUGUUCAUCUAUGUAAAUUUGCUUUUUUAGUGCUGAGAAAGACAGUGUUCACAUAGCCAGACUACAUGGGUCAUCAAUGUUUAAGGAUGCACGUAGUGAUGCCGAACAACAGAUUUAUGAGCAGCUUAACUUGAAGAUUGAUGAAUUCUUAGAUCUAGGUAAAUUGAUUAAAAAUAAAAACCAAAACAUCAGUAUGGAGUUAAUACGUAGGAUUUGGCAAAUUCAUUGCUGAGCAUUAGUAACAAGCACCUAAUACAGAUAGAUCAGACAGAAAGCUAGAGGAACAUUUAUCACAUUGAAAUGAAUGGAAUUCUGAUAAAAAAACAACUCUAUCUUCAAUUCAAAUGGGAAGUAUAUUUAGCAAUAGUUUUGAAAUAGUGCAUAUUCAAGGUUUUAUAAACAAAAAUUAGUGCAGAAUCUUCAAUAUUAAAUAAAGAAACCCAAAAUUUGGUCUUAGGUUUAGCAGACCUGUUUACUCUUUCGAUUUUGGCUUACAAAGUACGGUUUUGAGAUAUCUUUUACGAUUUGAACGCUGAGACCCGUCAGAACUACGAUUUCUAAAGUCGAUAUGACGCCGCUGCUCUUCGCCUAAUUCUCAUGGCCCUGCCCUAGGACAAAGAGCACCCAGGGUGAUGCAGCUUAUAUUCUGGGAUAUAAGCAGCAAUAAAAACUUAUGUCACAUUUUUUUUAGUAUAACAUCUUAAUUAUAUAAAGAAUGUUGGAUUUUUUCGCUUCUUUGUUGGGUGAGGGGGGGGGGGGGAAUUUGACUUUUUUUGUGUACAUGCCAUAUAGAUGGCCCCUCCUCACGUUUGAUUGCUUUGGUGCUGUGUGAUGUAAUUUACAGACCUGCUAACCCUUCCGAUUUUGUCGGAAUCAUGCAGAUUUUUUACCCCUCAUUCCAACCUUCCGACAAACCCCUUAAAAUUCCCAUUUUUCGAACUUAAUAAUUUUUCACCAGUCAUUAAAACCCAAAAGCAACCCUCAAAAUCAAAAACAAAAAUCAGGUACGACAGGAAUCAGGCAGAGUUGCAUUUGUUUUUAUGAAGUGUCUGUAUGUCCGGCGACCGGACGAAUGAGUGCAUAAAUUCUCGAGGCUACUAUAUAUUUGACCAAAUCAAGUGACCAGCAUAACAAAGUUGUGCGAGAUAUUUGUCAGUCAGCCUUGUCAUGUGACCGAUAAAUGUCGAUCAGAGUUUACAGCACUCUAUUUCAACAAAUUCAAGAUAGUCUGAACAUUUACAUGAAAAAGAAAUAGGAUCAAUUCUACAAAAGAAAUAUUAAUACCAUUGCUGGUAUAUACAAUGAACAAUUGGUUAAAAAGUGACAAUGUUUUUUAUAAAGAGUGGCAUGCCCACCGGAUGAAUAUCUCCCGCAGUAUUUGUCCGGUUGCCUGACGUGUACACUGACUUGUUUUUAUCAAAGCGAACCGCGAUCUCCAAAUCAUUCUUCAAUCAUCAAUUGAUUCGAUCGGCUAAAAAAUAAUUCAGACUUUUUUUGUUAAAGCUUUUCUUAUUUAAAUGGUAAAAUCUAUUGAAAGUGGUGGGUACAAUGAUAUUAAUAAACAUAAAAAAUAAAAAAAAAACCAAAAAAACACAACAUACAACUGCAGCUAAAAGUAAUCCAUGUCUAAUUAAUAAUUUCUUUGCUAAGAAAUCGGAUGAUCAGAUCGUUUUAUUUACCACCUUUCUUAUUGAAGGAAAUAUUUGUCUAGCCAAUUCCGGUCGUUUUAAUGUCAGAGUCAAAUAAAUGUUUCCAGACUCGCAGAUUUCUAGAAGAUUGUAAAGAAAAAUUACAAUGAAACAAGGGCAAGCAUGAAAGCGGGUACUCUUUAUUACUUGCUUGUAAUUAAGUCAGUUGCAAUGCUAACCUUCAGUUGUCGAAAGAGCUGUUGGACAAGUUCAAAAAGGCCCCUAGGAAUUAGCAUUAUGCCGGAAAACUGAACUCAUAUGUAAAUAAAAUGGAUAUUCUGUCCUGUACUAUAUAUCUGUACCAGUAUAUAAACAUUUCUAGUCAGUGGACUCUUCAGAGACAAUGGAGGUAACUUUAUAUUUCUUUAUUUACUAAAAAAGGCAUGUGCAUGACUUUGCAGAUCUUAAACCCCCUUGAGUGCGCGCGCCCCUAAAGAUUUUUUUCUUGGCCAGUUGGCAGGUCUGAAUUUAUGAUAUAAUUAUUUCUUAUGACAACCCAAAAGCACAAUUGGACAUACUCAAUCAACAGUUCCAGUUGGUCUUUGGUGAAGGUAGAGAGUAUCGGAGGCCUGAAGAUCAACAUGAUGAACAGAGCCUAUCCCAUCAUGGAAGCUAUCCAGAUUUCAGGGCAGGAUGUGCUUGCCCUCCUCAAAACCAUUAGUCCCUACAAAGCAUGUGGUCCUGACAACAUCAAACCACGAGUGCUCAAAGAAUUGGCCAAUGAAAUCGCUCCUGCACUGACAAUCCUCUUCCAAUCAUCGCUGUGCACAUUCAGUGUUCCAGCAGACUGGAGAACAGGGCAUGUCACUCCAAUCUACAAGAAAGGGGAGCAUUCUGACCCUGCCAACUAUCGUCCGAUAUAUCUCACCAGCGUGGUAUGCACACUAUUGGAGCACAUAAUCGUGAGCGCAGUCAUGAAGCGUCUUGAAAGCCAAAAUAUACUCAAUGACUGUCAGCAUGGCUUACGAGUCAAAAGAUCAUGUGAGAUCCAGCUCCUUGAAUUUUUAGAAGACUUGAUGACCAAUCUGGCAGCAAGCAAACCGACAUGAUGGUGAUGGACUUCUCAAAGGCAUUUGACUGUGUAAAUCAUAGUUGGCUUUUACUUUUACACAAACUUUAGAAAUAUGGGAUCCAAGGCACUACUGAAACAUGAAUCUCUAGCUUCCUCAGCAACCGAUGUCAGGCAGUAGUGGUGGACAUUACAAGCUUCUCCUUCAAUGACUUACCCGAGAAACUGACAUCCCAAGCAAGACUGUUUGCAGAUGACAUGGCGGUGUAUAGGACAAUCACCAACAGAUUUGACCAGAACCAGCUACAACAGGAUCUCAAUCGGUUAGCUGAGUAGGAGAUGAGCUGGGACAUAGAAUUUCAUCCUGCCAAGUGCCAGACACUGUCAGUCUCUAGAAGUUGUAUUCCUAAACACCACCAUUACGAAGUACAUGGCCAUAUACUUGAGCCAGUUUCUUCCGUAAGGUACCUCUAUGUUGUCAUUCAAAUAGAGUUCCACUGGGACGAGCAUAUUAACAAUGUGUACAACCCAGCUAACAAGACCCUAGGAUUCUUAAGGUGAAAUCUAAAGAUCGGCAACUCCAGUGUGAAAGAGUGAAAGAGCCUAUAAAGCCUUUGUCCGGCCACUUUUAGAUUAUGCAUCUUCAGUCUGGGACCCAUUUACCCAGAAGUGCAUCGACAGGUUGGAGGUGGUCCAGUGUAGGCUCUGGGAGGGGGGCGGGCGGGGGCUUUAAAUCUGUUUUUAUAACACACAAAACAGCUGUACGAUUUUUAUUACCACCUCUUCCUUCAACCAUCUACAGCUUUUGAUUUGACUUCGAGUUUGAACCACAUUAAAUUUCAUCAUUAACUUUAUUUUUACCAGUGACAGACUGUGAUAAUGUGAUCUGCACGUUCACCUAAAUAUUGAUUGAUAUCUAUGUACAUUUGCAAAACAAAGAUAACGCAGAUAGCAAUGCAUAUGUCAGUCAUCUACUUUAAGAAGUUAUCUAUUUUGAUGUAAGCAUAACUCGAUCCCACUAGUCAAGUGAUGUGAGUAGUUAUUGUAUGCAUUAUAUACUACUGUAUGUUUAUUUAUUUACAAUUAAGAUUUAAGAUACUGUAUUCGUGAGGAAAAACUGGUCUUCCAUCGAACGCCUACCCAGGUGGCGGAUAGGGGAAAGACCACCAGAUAUGGAGGUUACCGUGGAGAUAAAAUACCCGGAGUCGGACCAAAACCAGAAUCUACUGCCUUGUAAGAAGUGUAGGGAUCCGUAAAGGCAAGGGAACUUUACCUAAAAAUUAAGGCAAAUACCUAGAGAGCUGUAAGGGGCAGGCCCCCCCCCCCCUUUCCCCCUUCCAGCUAAACGAAAACCAAUCAACAGAAUAAAACCCGUACUGAUACCAAUGGAAAUUGACCUGUGCCUGGAUAUUGACAUGAUUUUUGGAUUGCGACCUGGAAUGUAGUAAGUCUGUUUAGACUGUUUAGUAAAUCACUUAUUAAAUAAUAACAUAUUGCUGCAUUGCAAGAAAUUUGAUGGAAAAAGGCAGACAUCAUCAAAACAAAAGACUGCACCAUAUUUUAUAGUGGCAUUAGCAUUAACACUUGAAGGAACAGGAUUUGCCGUGAAAAAAGAAGCAGUCAGUACAGACAUAGACUUCAAACCAGAGAAUGAAAGAUUGUGCUCUUUGUGCGUGCGAGGAAAAAUGUUUAAUGUAACAUUUAUAAAUAUUCAUGCUCCCACCGAAGUUACAGAAGGUCAGGAAAAAGAAUCCUUGUAUGAUACACUGGAAAAGAUCUACAAAGAGCCACCAUGACAUGAUAUUAAAAUAGUGAUUGGAGACUUUACUGCCAAAAUAGGAAAAGUGUUCAUGCCAACUAUUGGCUAUGACAGUCUGCAUAAAGAAUCCAAUGACAAUGGGAUCCAACUUUGCUUCAGGAAAAGGGAUGUCAGAUAACAGCACCAAGUUUCCACACAAAAAUAUACAUAAAGUUACCUGGAACUUACUAGAUGGAAUUACCUACAACCAAAUUGACCAUGUUCUAAUCGAUUGGAGACAUGGAUCAGAUAUGCUAGAUGUAAGAAUCUAUCGAGGAGCAGAUGCAGAUUCUGACCAUCUACUUGUUAGGAUUAAAUAUGAGUUAUGAGCAGAGGAUAAGCAUAAUUCACAAUGGCCAAAAUCAAAGAGAAAUACGAUUUGGUUAGCAAAAACUUAACUAAGACCCACAAACUGCAAAAGCUUACCAAAAUGAAGUACAAGCACAACAAACACAUCACAGGAGGAAAUAAAGAAGGAAAACAAAAUAAAUGGGAUAUUUUAUAGGCUCUGGGAACAGUGGAAUAGGAUAAAAAGGCAAUGAAAAGAUCAGCAGAGAAACUAGUAGGAGUAGGCUGGUUUGAUAAUGAAUGCGGAGAGACUGUCUAAGAAAGGAACAAAGCAUGAAGAAACAUGAUACAUAAGCCAGAAGUAGGAAAGCCUUAAAAAUUUGCAGGAAGAAAAAGAGGGAAUGGGGAAAAAACUAAGCUAAAAGAAAUAAAAGUAGAAGACUUAUUAAUUAAGUUAUCAAGAGGAAUGUACAUAUAGAUAAAAGAUGAAAAGAAUGGAUACCAAGCCAGACCGCAAAAGUGUGAGAGCCAGGAUGGAGAAUUUAUUAACCAAAAUUAUAAAGUACUGGAGAGGUGGGCUGAAUAUUUUGAGUUAAAUGCAGACAAUAGACAAGAUGAAUUAUAAUUUAUUUAUAAAAUGUGUGCCCCCUUUAUUGCUAGCCAGUUUACUAUUUUGUUCAGUAUUGUAUUAUUCUGAGACAGUAUUGUACUAUUUUGAGAUGGAAUUGUACUAUUUUUAGAGUUCCUGGGUAAACAGGUCUGGCUUAGUCAUAAAGACAAAGAGAUAACAAAGAAGUGUCUAAGGCUAAGAUUAAAAGAGAUGAAUAGAGGGCUCAAUUAAUACAAGUAUUGAAGUAUUUAUUGGAGAUGUAUUAAGAACAUGCUUGAGCAAUUCAUUAAAAAAGAAAAUAUCACAUAAAAAUGCCAUUUAAAAACACUUUCUUUUCACAUUUCUCUAAUGCUAGUACCAUUUGUUUCUAUUUAAUUUUAUUCUGUACAGCUUCCUAUGAUUGGGUAAUCUCUGAAUCCCGUGGACAAGCUAGUAGUUACCUCAUGGAUCUUGUAGCAUUCCUACAGAGCACCUUUAUGUCUUUCACCAACUUGCCUGUAAGUGUACACAUAGUUAUUUGCAUAUCUGCCAAUGGUCUCUAGUGCCCUGCUGGGUAGUGAUUUACCCCUCACUGAAUAAUUUCACAGCGGCUCUCUCACUCAGCUUAGCUUAAUGCUAUCCUAUAUUCAAAUGGGGGUAAAAAUUAUGUCACUGAAACCAUACAAUUAUUUUAGAUUUAAAAAGAGAAUGUGAUACUAAUGAUUCAGCUUGAAAUAGUAAUAUGUAACUUUUAACAAAGUUGGACUGAAAUCUAACACUUGGUCAAAUAAGCAUUUAAUAAGAACCUCAACUUUUAGCAAAACAAAAAAACUGAACAAUUUAUCCAAAAUCAUUGUGCACCAUAAUUGUGAAGGUGUGAGGUACCUAACACAAUAUAAAUAAAUACAAGUAUUUUAAAAUCAUUGUCAUGUUUUCUGAAAUUUAAGAAAUAAUUGGGUAAACUAUGAAACUGGCACUCAAAUUUAAAGCAAAUGGGGCAAAUGAUCUUCUUGAACAGCUUUUUUAAAAUUUUUAAAUGCUAUGUAUUAACUUAGUUAACUGCAUAAACAGGAUUUGUUUUCCAAACACUGAUAAAAAUCUUUAUCCUGAAUUUCACAAACACAACUAAUUUAUUGUAUCAGGUUAGGUGCCUGAUAACUUUUACAGACCUGUUUUAACGAUUUGUAUACAUACAUAAUUUUUGUUUAUUAUUUAUCUAUUAGAGAUACUGUAUUGUAUGAUUUUGUUGGGAUAUUGUAUGAUUUUAGGAGUUUGAGGGUAAACAGGUCUGCUUUUACCAGUAAAGAUCUUUUUUUUCUUAUGACAUUUAUUUAAUGCUUUUAAUUUAUAACAUCCUCAUCAAAUAUUUUCUUCUUUACACCAUCUUGUAAGGCCAUCUGCUUUCUUCAUGAAAAUUACGUGAUCUGUUUAUUUUCUUACUAACUUUAUAGGCAGUGGCGUAGCUAGGGGAUGCGGACCACACUGGGUGACAUCAUCUCAGGGGGUGACACCAAAUUGAAAAAUUGCAUAUUUACAGAGCACACACUACUUGUCUAACCGAAUUUCAUAAAAAGAUAACCAAUCACACGUACAUUUUCCACACAUGUAACCAAUCCAAAUGCGUACAUUGAUAAAAAUUCAAUGUUGAUGUGUCAGAAAUUAGGUGACCCUAUAUUUAUGUCAGAAAAACCCCCUGUUUUGACCAUGAUUCAACCCCGAUUGAAGUGUUCUGUAACUUUCGUAAGUGACAGGAAGUUAUAGAUAUCUAAAUUCUGAGAAAUAAAAUUUUCCAUUGAUGCCAAAUAAGAUCUGGUCAGGAGAUUUUUAAGUUUUUCAAUCAUAUCGCCAAAAAUAAAAAAUAUGAAAAAUAAAUUUUACCAUUUGUAGCAGGGCUGCACAACUCAAAAUGUAAGGCGGACCAUAAUACUUUAUGAAAAACAUCUGCGGGCCGAAAGAAAAUAGCACAGAAAAACAUGUGCGGUCCGAAAGAAAAUAGCACAGGGGGAGUGCUAUUCAGAAAAUAAUAUUAACAAAGAAUGUUUCGUUACUUUGUGGGCUGCAAAGUGCAUGUGGCCAUUUGUUGUGCAGGCCUGAUUUAUAGGGUUAGAUCUAACAAAAAAAAUUAUUUACAAAAAUGUUUAAUUUCUUUUAAUAAUUAAUUUAAAUUUAUUUAAAUUUAAAAAAACGAUUUUUGAAACCAAUAUAAAUGAAACCCAGAAAUACAAAAAAAAUUAAUAUUUUUGCCAAUUCGUCACUAGCAUCGCACCUUAACAUUUGAGCAUGAUAGUCAUAUUUUGACUGCUGGGUUUUAUUGCCACCAUUGUUUUUACAGUUCUAAAUACAUAUACCUCCUGACCUUCAAAUAAUUUGUUUUUGUUCUGGUCAUUGUUAUACUGUGGUCUUGUGUAACACGAAGAAAGCUGUGUGUAACCAUAAGUUUAGUACACCGGGUGACACCAACCGUGGCUACGCCACUGUUCAUAGCACUCAUAACUUCUCACCAUUAUGUAUGUCAAACAUUGUUUUGGAUAUUCUACAGAUUAGUUAUUAAAUUGCAACUUUUUGGUUAGUAAGGCACAAAAAUUAAUAUUGACAAAAAAACUUAAUGUCGGUUGAUUACAAAAUAUUAUUCACUACAUUAGUGGUUCUCAGUAGUGACUGGUGGCACUAAUUAAAUAAGGAGGUGAGGUGUUGGAUUUUAGACUUAUUGAUUGGUAGCACUCUCAGCAGAUAUACUUGUUGAAAAUAAUUGUUUAUAUCUUUACCUAUUGAUAACCUAAAGGAAAUUUUGGAAACUGAUCUAAACACAAAUUUGAUCAAUUUAUAUAACGGGAACUUGAUCACGUUACGCAGAAGAGCUAGACUAUAUUUGUAACAUAUUUGUCAAAGCUAAUUGGUAAAAAUAUACAGGAUUGAUUUAUUGACAGGGCAUUCAAAGAGGGAAUGUAAGUUGGGUCUGUUAUUUCAAUCAUUCAGAUUUUUUUUUUUCCCCAAGAACAUAAAAAUUACUUUUUGCCCCAUUUUGUCUAUUAGUUUACUAUAAAUCUUGGAACUUUAUUUUCCAAUCAUCACCCUUUUUUAAAAAUUGUGUGACACUUUUUUACUUGAAUAUCCUGUUUAUGGCAGUUUCCCUCAUUCAAUGCUUAAUUUAUCUGGACCUGAACAAUAAAAAAGUUCAGCAGGUUUAAAAAUUAAGCCUCUUUACAGAUUUAAUGCACUUAAAAAUGCCAACCGGAAUGCCUUAAAAAAAUUAAUAUAAAAUACUGCUUUUGAUUUGAUCAAUGAGCUAUUAGGCAAUUUUUACCUUUAGUAUAUUAAAAUGUGUAAUCAUUGCGGGAUUAUUCAUGAUUAAUGUUGUUAAGAUUUAAGUUAGUAACAUGUUCUGAAAGACAUGCUCUUCUUCUGUCACAAUACAGGUUUUCCAUACACAUUGGGCUAAAUAUGUAGUAAGAAUAGCAUGGCACUGUUUGCUGAUGACUGAAAAGCAUGUUAUAGCUGUAGAAGUUGUCUUUAAUUAAUGAAUAAACAGAUUAACACCAUGAAAUAAUAAUUGGCAGAUCAUUAUCAGAAACUGUUGCCAGCACCUAUAAUAAAAUGUAUACUAUCAUAGAAAUUUACAAAAUAUCUUACUAUAAAAAGUACCGCAGAUGUUUUAUUAAAAAAUAUUUGGACUUAUUUGCUAUUAAGUUAUUAAGAAACUUGCUGCUAUAUUUUAUUUGCUUGAUUUGGCAUCAUGUAGAGUGAAAGUUUCUCAUUAGUUAUGUGAUGAAAUCUACUACAGUAACUGAAAUAUUGCUUGACAAAGAACUCUCUUGCUGCAUGCAUUUAACAAAAAAUACUUAUUAGUAUGUUUGAAACUUAAUGUAAAAAUUUUAAAUGAGUUUAUCAGAAUGCAUUUGGAGCCUAACUUCAAAAAGCUGGCCAACAUUAUAAAAUAUAGAGUAGCAGUAAAAGUUGUAGAUAGCCUAUUUAUAUACCUUCAGGCCAACUGGUUCGUCAGCCUAUUCACAUUCACAAUAAAUAGUUGUUUGAAAUAAAUGCUUGUUCUUGGAUGGACUGAUUAUAAUAUUCCUCAAACACACACAACCCCCCCCCCCCUCCUUGUAAUUGCCCUAAGCCUCAAAACCGUACCCACCCCCUAACAUUACAAUUAUUUCCUUUUUUUUCAAAAAAUUUUUUAAACUUCAGGCCAACUGGUUCGUCAGCCUAUUCACAUUCAAAUAAAAUAGUUGUUUGAAAAAAAUGCUUGUUCUUGGAUGGACUUAUUAUAAUAUUCCUCAAACACACACAACCCCCCCCCCCCCUCCUUGUAAUUGCCCUAAGCCUCAAAACCGUACCAAUCCUCUAACAUUACAAUUAUUUCAUUAUUUUUCAAAGAAUUAUUUAGAAUCAAACAUUGUUAAAUAGCACAAAUGGUAGAUAUAAAUAUAACAAAGCCUAGCUUUUGAUAAGAGGUAGAAUAUAUAAAUUAAGGCAUUAUUAAAAAGACAAAAUAGUUUAUCUUUUAGCUGAGACAAUCCAGGUUUAAUUAUAGUAUGUGCAAUCAUUAAGCUUGUCAUAUUCCCAUUUUGUAGCAAUGUUACCAGAACUGGCCUUUGGUCAGUCCCAUGAUAAGAACAGUAAUUGUUCACACAGCAUAUCACUUCUUAAAACUUUUAAAUGACACUUAAUAUUACACAUGUGCAUGCUCUGCAUUAUAAUUAUUGAAAGCUACUUUUCUGAAAUCUUCUCUCAUGGUGAUUUAUAUCAUGUUUGUCUCAAUCGAAUCUCAAAUAACAGAAGUCCCAUUGAUCCAAGGGUUAUCUUUGCAGGAGAAAGUUGCCAAAACUGCUUGUAUGUCAGCAUGCCAGCAUAUAGCUUCACGUCUGAUGGCCUUAUUAUUAGAUAAUGAAAUUCGACAGCUGUCUAUGGGUGCACUUCAACAGUUUAAUCUUGAUGUCAUGCAGUGUGAAUGUAAGAUAUCUAUAUUUGUUAUUUCCAUAAUGUCCAUUCAGAAACUUGAAUCAAAAACAAGUCUUAAAAUAUCAAUAAUUUUUUUUAAUACCAUCAUGUCAUAACAUUUUUAACUGAAUUGACUCACUGAUGGAUUUUAAAUAAUACAGAAAAUGCUACCUUUAAGUGCUUUACUGAUUCGAUAAUGAACAACCAUGCGUUUUAGGGGAAAUUUUCAGAAACAUAUUUGUGAGUUUUAGGGGAAAUUUUCAGAAAUAUAUUUGUAUCUCAUUAACUAUUAACAGUAACAGAGUAAACUAUCUGUAGCUGAUCAUUUACUAAUUACAUGCACUGUGAAUACUUGAAGCUCAUGUGAAUAUAAGCACUGUGUAAAAUGGCCUUGCUGUAUGUAAAAUAUUUGUGCUACUGUCUUACUCAUUACAAAAUGCUUAACAUUCAAGUUUCCUUCAUUUUUUUUUUAGUGUUUGCUGUCUCAGAACCAGUGCCAGACUCAAGUGAUGGAACACUUCAGAUGGCUUUCACAGAUCUUAGACAGGUACCUUUACAUUUUAAGGCUACUUAAACUCGUUGCAUCCACCUGAAGCCCAGAGUCGACGUAUAUAACCUUUAUAUUCACAUAUUACGCAUACCAAUAUUCAUGAAUAAUCUCCCUUUAGCUUUGUACACAUUCCUAAGUGUUUACAACAGUGAUGUUUAGAUACAGAUAACUUUCCUAGUAAUUAGUAUCAGAUACUAAGUGACUUUGACACAUUUGGAACAAACAGAAAUGACACAUUUAAGAUGACAAAAUGAGAAGGAAUGUCACUGAAAUUAUUUUUCUUGUUAAUUAAGCCACAGCAUGAUGAACCUGAAUUAUGACUGCUACCGUUUUAUGGUUUGUGACAACAGUGGAUUAAAAUUAAAUAUUUGUUGUCAAGGAAGACUUGAAAAAAAAACCCUAACACUUAUUUGUUGUUUUUUUUUAAAUUUCCCCCAGUUGUUAGAUCUUUUUACUAAUUGGGAUUGGUCAGUUUAUCUGGCAGACUUUGGCAAGCAAACUUCUCGCUAUCUGCGAGUACCCAGGCAUACUGCUGUCAGUUUAUUAGAAAAGUAAGUUGUAAUUACCUGUUCUCUUAUUAUUGAAUGAAUUCACCUUUAUGUAGGCUACUGUCAGACAGAUACAUUCUAGUAAAAUAAACUGCUACAACUUGUUCAUUUUGAGGACUCCUCAGAAAAUGGUUUACCUAUUUUAUGUCAGCUUUAUUGAAAUAAUUAUUGAUAUUUCUAAAAUACUGAGUCAUAUGUAUGAAGUUUACUAUUAGAAUAAAUAUUAUGUUAUUCUCUAAAUAACAUUUAUGAAAAUUAAUACUGGAUUGAGCAAAUAUUUUUUUUUUCUUCAGGCUCAACAAUGGUGACAAGAAGAAAAAUAAUUUGUUCACUUCAUUAAAGAAAAAUGAAAGAGACAAAAAGAAACUUAUUGAGACAGUAUUGAAACAGCUGAAAGUGUUGGAAAAUGGUGUUGCAUGAGUCCCGGAACAGUGUGAUUAUAAAUUAAAAUUAUUUUUGGCCCCCCGAAGAAUUUAUCCAAGUUUUGACAUGAACUGUUGGCUGUGCUUUCAGUACAAGAACUAAUACUAAUAGAAAUAUAUUUGAAAGUUUUUUAGGAGAGGAUUUAAGUGAUACUGAUGAUGAUUUUAACAUUCUCCAUGACCAUCUCAGUUCGGAUUCUUCUAGUUCUAUUGAAUCUGAUACUAGUCCCAGUGAUACUGAAUUUGGCCUACUGUUAGACUUUGAGCCAGGCCCGGAAGUUGGGCAAGGACUGACUGAAUUUAGAUCAGAACUAAUAAAUUUUAUAGUUACACAACCCAAAUCAGUUCCACGGUUCCUUUUUAAAUGUUUACUUGUCAAUAAUAACUUUUUUGUCUGAGAUUUUGUAUGUUGUACUUGGUUUUAGCUGUGGUCCCAGUUUCUUUCUUUUUUUUCAGUACCGGUAAUAAAUGACCUAAAAUUACUAAAAUUGCUUUCAGAGGCUUAAUUGUAAUCGAGGCUUUAGCAAACUAUACAUUUUCUGAAAGAUAAAUGAAUUGUCUACCACAUUUUUAUAUUAGUAUUUAAAUGGAAUCUAUACAAAUUAAUGAUGUUAUGAGCACUUGAAAGCAAGACAUUUUGUUGAUUUUUUUUUAUCUUGAGCACUCCAAGGUCGAUACUUAACAAAUUCUUUUUUACUGAGUGGGCAAUAUAGCCAACUUUAUCCCCAUUUACCUUUCUAAAAAUAUAUACUUAUUGGGGUCUUGUAUCAAUAUUUGUAUGUCAUUUAAUGCUAUUUCAAAAGGCACUCAAAAAGCUCUGAAAAGCUCCCACACUACAGAAUGAUCUAUGCCACAGUUCGUAGGUUAAGAUGUGACCACAGCACAAUGUUGCUGAUUGCAGCUUGCCUUAUGAAACAUGAAGAGCAGAACCUUUUUUUUUUAAACAAUAAGAAAGAAGACUGAAUCAAGUUCCCAAGUCUAUGAAAAAAAUCUUAAUAUACACUAACAUUUUUUAGACCUGUUUUUGUAAUACUCUGGUGUAAAAAUGUGUGGAUUCACUUUUUAUGUAAAAGCUUUCUAGAAAAAGAACAACAAAACUUGUAUACUUGAAACCAUGUGUUAUAAGUUCAAUAUUGUCAAGGUGGGAAGUUAAUAUCUACCACAGAAAGUAUACUCAUUAAAUUUUUCUAGUCCUUAUUGAUCUUGGUUUUACAUGGUUAAAAACAUAUAUGCUUGAUCACUUGAUCUUUUGAGUUAUUUGAAUUGUAACUGAAGAGUGGAUGUUUUGAGCUUCUCCAACAUUUGAUACCUAUAAUGUGAUAAUAAAUUAUGCAGUGGAUUUUUGUACAUAAUGGAAUCUUGCAGUCAGCCAUUGCUGCUUUGUCAUGUCAACUGAAUUGUUGUUAAUAAGAUAUGUUUGAAGGAUGAUAAAAAAAGCCAUGACCAAUUAAGUUAAUAUGCAAUACCAAAGUUAUUUCUCAUUCCCUUAUAAAUGGGGACUUUUGCGGACAAGCGGACAAGACAUCAAAAUAACUGUCCAACUUCAGACUUAUUAGCACAACAUAAUACAGUAAGUUGGUUCAUUUGUGCUACAGUCUUCAUGAGCUGUAAAUAUAGUCAUAAUACUGUUAACUAUUAAUAACACUGCUUUUGAAAUGAUGUAUUAUCACUUUUAUAUCAUCAAAAUAAAGAAUGUAGAAGUAAAAUAUAAUUAAUUUGAUUACAAUAAAUAUGCAUUUUAAACAUAUAAAUUAUUAUCCUUAUUUUUAAAUUCACCUAGUUUGCAUCUUCUAGAGGUGUAAGAAUCUUUUUUAAAAAUUUCCAUAAAUUUUGGGAAAGAGAAAAUUCUGCUGCUGCUAAAAAAAAUGCUUUUGAAUAUGACUUGAUAUUAUUUGAGCCCACCUUCACUCAGAAUGUACUGUCUUUCAUUAUUAAUAUUCAAACCCUAUGUAAAAUGGAUGCUACUACUUAAAUUAGUCCAUGCACCCUGGGAUAUUUAUGACCUUGUAUUCUUGUUAACAAGUUAAAAUAACUUGCACAUAUAUAAACAAAUGUUAUACCAACAAAUAUUGUUUUUUAUUGUGUGAACUCUGAGCUUUUGACG